AGUAUGUUUUGAGGUGGGUGGGAGACAGGAAGAGGCACCCUGAGGUGAAGAGGAGGAGGUAGGAAGCACGGCAGCUGCCGCCUUGUUAGUAACCUGCUUAAACUGCUUAAACAAGUGUUCAUUCUGAUGCUUUUGCAGAAGGCCAGGCUUCUGCUCGAGCAGGAUCCAGAAGAUGGCUGCCUCUUUCAAGGAGAUUCCUGCAGAACUGCAUGGUACGUAAAAGGUUUGCCUUGGAAGGAAAGGCCAAGAGACCUUUAUGGUCAUCUUGAUUCUGGAUGUCAUUUUUGAUAGUGGGGUGCUUUUGUGGGAAACUUGCCUCCAUUUCUUCAAUGUCUCUCCGUUUACAGAUUAAAUUCUAGGCCAGAGAUUUGAGCUCUAAUUCUGGCUUUGGGACUGAGAUGUUAGUUUUGAUAAUGUUUUAUGGUGAUGGAGGGAAAGGGGGAGCAACCAAACAGAGGUGCUUUAAACUCGUAAUUUUCAGAAAUACGACUUCAGAUGCCUUAGGUGUACUUGGUUAGCAGCAAUUUUUCUACACUCAGGAGGGUUGGAGCUGCACCUUAAAAAUAAAUUGGGACACCAAAAAUUAAAAUAGAGCUGGGCCUUGUAGCCUGUCAUCUAGCACUUCCCCUCCAACUGCUUCCAUAUAUAGAUGAUCAAACAGAAAGAACCUAGAAGGCCUAAAAGAAGGCCCACAAGAGCUACUGUACUUUAAAAUCUCAGAGCAAUCUUGCCUGAACAGAAACUCUUCUGCUGCAGUUUAAUAAGCAGUAGCUGACAAGCUUCACAAGGCCUGAGAGUUUAAUUAACGGCCCGGUGUAUCAACUCCCUUUGACUGGCAAUGGUUAGCACUGCCUUUAAAAGCAAAAAUUGGAUACUCUGGUUUCUCUCCAGAUCAUAUAAAUCUUUCACCUUUUAGAAACAAAAAUUGCCACGAGCUACAACAGAAUUACAUUUUUCAGCAGCCAAUGUAUUUUCCUCAGGUGCCUACCUAGCAGUUGGUUAGGUUGGCCCCCACAAAAUUGUGAAGAAAGAUGGAGAGAACUGGCGAUUGCCAAGGUAGCAAGAGACAAUUUGUGUGUGCCGAUACAGCUCCUUGCCAAGGGCACAAGGGAGCCUAUGUACGUCUCUGAUGUUACUAUUUAACACACACUGAUGGUGACUCCAGAAAGUUUAGAAACUCCUGAUAAUGCAGACAUGAUAAUACCAACUACGCAAUAGUCAAACAAAAGUAGACUUCCAGCUUCUGUAGUCACCUUUCCUCACAUUUCUACAAAUGUAGCCCAAUAUAAAAACUGAGGAAGUAGUGUGUUUUUUUAAAGAAAUGUUUUGUCAUAUUAUGCAUUUUUGCAUUAAAGGUGUAUGGGUGGUUGUUUUUAAUGAAAACAGAUGGGCACUGAUAGGAUUGCAGCAGGCAGGGAAGGUAAAUGUAACCCUUCCCCCCCUCUGCUUCUGUCCUGAGGGAAAUCACUCCUUUGUAGCUGCUAAUGGAAGGAAAUCCCCUGUCGGCAUACUACAGUGCCAACAAUUACCAGCCCCACGUGGCCUUGGUGAUGCCAUUUGAUCCCCCCCCCCCCAAAAAUGAGCAUAAUACAAAAAAUACUUAGAUAACAUAUCUAGUAUGGCCCUUUAGAGGACUCCCCCCUCCCUCAGGUAGAAAGUGAGCUAUCUUGUUUUAGCACAACUUUUAGCCAAUUGCCAAAGCCUCUGGUCCUGGUUCUGUGCCCAGCCUCACGUUAACAUUCAUAUUCCUUGCUAUCAUUUUGGCAGCUAAGACUGCAAUCCUAUCUAUAUUCAUUUAUAUGGGAGUAAGCCCUAUUGAACUUGGGACUGCUUCUGAGUAGACACAUGCUGCUAGAAUGCAAAAUUUUGUGACCCUGACCCAUGUACAUUUAUGCAUUAUAAAAAUGUAACGUAUUUUUGUACUGCUUAAUUACCAAAGUUUCUAAGCAGGAAUUUGGCAACUUGGCUUAAUUUUAUUCAAGCACAUAUUUUUUUAAAAAAAAUUCACAGUCUUCGAUAGACUUCCCAUGUUCCCAUUCUGCUCGAGAAAAGUUUUAUGAAAGCUCAAGCCCAGCUUAGAGAUUGUGGCAAGGAUCUCCUCCCCUCUUUUAGGGGCUUCUGUAAAAGAAAGAGUCUGCCACAUGUCUGCAGGCCAUUUAUUUAUCCUGUUUUGUCCUCUUUUUCAGAAAGCAUCACCAAUUUAUUAGGGACACAUGACGUCAUCCUGCUGGAUGCUCAACUCCACAUCAAAUCCAAAGUUGAAAAUAUUGUCCUGGUAUGUAUUGAUAGCUCAAUUUUACCACUCUUGUUGGUUUGUGUAUGUUUCCCAGAUCUCUACACCAUGCAGCUGAAUGUCAUGGCCUGUAAAGAUUUCCUAGGUCACAUGCAUCCUAACAUGCUCCAGCACUUAUAUGGAUCUUUCUUGAUAAAGAGUAACUACCAUCAAUACAGACAUAAUGAAUUAGGGUAGCAUUCUGUAUACCAUUCUAAUUACUGUAAUCUGGUACUGCUGAGUACUUGCUUCUGCACCUCUGUAAUGUCUACUCAAGUUGUAUGUUUGCAAGUAAACAUUAUUCCUGCAUUGCAGGGGGUUGGACUAAAUGACCCUUGGGACCCCUUCCAACUCUACAAUUCUAUGAUUACCAAGUUUACUAAUCCUAAGCAUAUUUACAUGGAUGUACAUUCCACAUAUUUUAGUGUUACUGUAAAUUAUUCCUAAGUAACUAAGCUUUGCAAUCAGAAGCAAAGAGACUCUUAUUUUAUAAUGGCAAAAUAUUUGAUUAUGGGAGAAAUAUAGGUAUAGCUGCAGUCUCAUCCUUUAUGAAACAUGCAAUUGGACUAACAAGAAAAAGAAACGGCAUAACUAAGUCUGCAGUCCUGUACACACUUACCUGUUUGUACUUGUGGAAGUAAGGUUCAUUAAAACUCAAUUGACCAUACUUCUGAGCAGAACUCAUAAUCUUUAGAUUUCUUACCCACCUUUUAUUAUAAGGGCCCGGGUUGGAUGGCAGCAAUAUGAAAAUCAAUUAAAUAUUUUUAAUUCUUAAGGAUUCUGCUGUUAGCUUUACAAACAGUGGAGACAACAGAUACAAAAGUGUAGAAAUUUAAUAUAAGAUUAGGCAGUAUACUGCAGAGUAGAUCCUGUAAUGUAGGUGCAACCUGUUCUGACCAAAAUUAAAUUAAAUUGAGGUUCUUUAAAGAAUUGCAGUUUAUUUAUUUAUUUCCUUUCCUCCAAUUAGCUCAGUCUAGCAAAAGCAUAUACGGUUUGUCUCACCACCCCAUUUUGUUAUUGGUGUGUGUGUGUUUAAAUCUACUGUAUAAUGUUUUAUUUAUUAAAUUUGUAUAUUACCCUUAAUACGAUGAUCACAGGGUGGUUCACAGCACACACAGUUAUUAUAUUGUUGGAAAUCACCUUGAGACUUUUGCUUUGAAAUGCAGCUUAUAAAUAGUCUUAAUAAGUCUUCACAACCUACUUUGCAAAGGACAGCCCUCUAUUUGAAGGAUUGCCUGAUCCAAAUACAGAGAUGAGGAACCCUAAGAAAAUAUAGCAGGUGCCUUGAAGCUGGCAAUCCACAAUUAUGGCACCUGAGCAGCAGGCUGAUCAGGCACACAGAGAACCUGAUCAGUCUUCCCCCAUCACAGUGAGAUGCAGGGCUUUUUUCAGCCGGAAAUCACUGGAACUCAGCUCCAGCACCUCUCAGGUAGGCUGCCAUUGCCAUUACAAGAGAACCAGAGUUCACGGUGAGUUCAGGCACCUCAUUUUCUAGGAAAAUAACACAGAUGAGGUAUAUUGCAUUUCUUAUUUAAAUUACAGCAAACCUUUGAAAAUUUGCACCUGUACCUAUAAAUUAGCACAUGUACAUUUUAUGCAAUUCUGUGUGCUUGUUCUUAAUCUUGAUCGUGCAGUUUUAAGUGGCCACCUUCGAUUCAAUAUUUUAUUUGGGGACUGAGGCCUUAAGUUUCUCUCAGCUUUCUAAAAGUUGGCCCUCCUGGCAAAAUUAUGCCCUUCCCCCCAUGGUUACUGAUAAAAAGCCCCUUGUAGACGUUGUUCACCGUUUUCUCUCAUAAAUCCCUGUAUGUGGAAAUGCAGUUACUCCUCCUCCUCCUGAUCUCUGCUCUCUUUGGCCUUGCCUUGCUAUCCAGGUUUUGAUGCCCUGGAGAGCCCUGGUGGUGCUGGCGAAACUCCCGGUCAAGGUAAGACCUGCCCUGACCAUGGUUUCUCUUAGGGCUUUUUUGUAUUGGAUCAGCUUGUUCUUUGUUGCAGAUUGUUUCUUCAGCUUGUAAACAACCUUGUGUGUUGUAAUAUAGGAAGGUGGCGUAUAAAUUAAAUGAAAUGUGUAUAAAUAGGAAGGUGGUGUAUAAAUGAAAUGAAAUGAACUUGAACCCCAGAGCAGGCCCUCGUGGCUCUCUUCUCAGAGCAGUUAGCCAUUCUAGUCAGGUUUGCACUCCUUCCUAAAAUACCACAUUUUCAGUUGGUCUCUGGAGGCCCAAGAAGCCUUGGUGGCUUCAUAUUAUUCCCCACCCCCAACAGUGUAAUUCUAGCAUUGUGUGGGAUUUUUUUUUUCUCCUUUCUUUUUUGCAGUAGUUUUUAUAUGAUUUUACAAAUAUAAAUUUAUAACAAUACCAACUACAUAUCCAAAUAAAGAGAUUUCUCUGAAUCUCGAGACUUCCUGGCCCCCAUCCUCUCCAUCGGUCCUAUUGUCAACAUUUUAAACUGCAUAUUAUUUUAUAAUCUAUAUUUUGUAUCUGUCCAUAUUGUCCAUAGUGUUUGUUACAUUAUAAGUGAGAUUAAGAUCCUGCUAAUGUUUUCAUCUGCUUACAGUGGUCUCCUAAAUAAAAUUUUCCCAUUCUUUCUUGAAGUUCUUGUGUUCUUGGUUCCUGAGCUUUCCGGUCAGUUUUGCCAUUUCACCGUAGUCUAACAGCUUGGUUUGUGCAUUGUAUAGGAUUUCUUUAUUAGUUAGGAAUUCUCCCCAAACUAAAAAUCCCCUCAUACUGUUACAUAACAUGCUAUUUCAUUACCACAGGAGUCCCAGGCAAACCCUAGGCACAAACUGAAUGACAAACCAGUGAAAUUUCUCAGGUUUUGUUUUUUUAAAAAAUAUUAUUAUUCUACUGCAGUUCAUGGUUCUUUUUUGAGGCUCAGCUUUCAGGUCUUUCUUGACUGAGGAAGUGGGAGGGGUACAUUCUUACUUAUUUAUAUCACAGGCCUUGUAUACUGUUUAAUAAUAAUAAUAAAUCUCUAAGCUGUUUCCAUAAAAUAUUCAUGACAAAAUAGCAAUAAAAUAAGACUUUUAAAAACAGGAGACAAAAUAAUAUCAAAAUUUAGAUAAAAUAAAAACAUUUUAAAAACAAAUGUUAGGCUUGCCUAAACGAAACAGUUUUUGACAGGUACCGAAAACAGUAUAACAAUGCCACCUGCCUAAUAUCAAUAGGCAGGGAGUUCCAUAUUAACUUUCUGGUUUAAAAUGCUAAAGUAUAAACUAUUGUGCAACUCUCCCCUUCCGAAAACACAUAUUAUUUCAUAGAAUUGUAGAGUUGGAAGGGACCUUCCUUAACCUGCAGGAGAGCUGUGCUCACUGCUUAUGCAAGACAAGAUGAUAUGAAAGCAUUUUCUGUGUUGGUAAAUAUAUGAAGAAUAAAAUAUUGUUAUUGCAUCAGUUAUGAAGGACACACACAUACAGGUGUACAUUUUAGGUUUCCCUUUAAAAUUGCAUUGGCCAGCUGAUCCCUCUGCACUUACCUACUCUUGCAUGUUUCCACCUGCAGGUACAAGUUAGCUUCAGCUUCUUAGCUGUGCAGAUCAUCACGAUAGGAGGAGAUAACCAGGUGAGUGCAAGAUGUAUUGGGCAGCGGCGUAGCGUGGGUUGUCAGCACCCGGGGCAAGGCAAGUAAUUUGCGCCCCCUAACCCGGGGCAAGGCAAGUAAUUUGCGCCCCCUAACCCCUAACCUGCCGCCGCUGCCAGCUUCUUCUUGCUGCUGCCUGGUCUGGUCUGGUGUGGUUCUCUCCCGCGCUCAGCGCUGCGCUGGGCGGCCGCUGCACUGUCCCUCCCCCAGAUAGUCCCUCGCUCUCUCUCCGCACCACACGCCUGGCACCCACCCCCUCCACAGUGGGCGGUGACCCAGCGGCUCGGAUCGGAUUCGCACAGCCAGCACUGCAGUGAGAGAGAGUGAGUGAGCCAGGUAGGGGCAGAGAGCUGCGAGUGCGAGCACCCCCCCCCAGAUGUUGCGCCCGGUGCGGCCGGCCCCCCCUGCACCCCCCACGCUACGCCACUGGUAUUGGGAUCAGGCUGUUGUGAUUCUCUCCCUGUGCCAUAUAGACAUUAAGCUCACUUUUCCUAACCCUCCCUAUGGGGCAAGGGUCUAGUGUUUUCGGGGGGCAGAUGCCAGAUAAUCUUUCCCCACAGUAAAUGCUACAAAGCUGUCAUGUGUGCACAUAGACCAAGAUUUUGUCUAUAACUGGUCCGAAAUAUUAAUUUUAAUCAUGUCCUUAAACCAACAAGACCAUCCUUAAUGUUGCCAUUUUAUUCCAUUCCAUUCCAUUUUAUUUACUAUGUCUACUUCUGUACCUUCUAUAACAAAACUGAUGUACAGAAAUGAAGGUGAUGUUUUCUUGGCACUGGAAAUAAAAUGACAGGGAAGCUUUCAGCUGCUUGAUUUAUGUGUGUCAGACCACUGUAAAAGGCACAGAAGUGGGACCAGUAAAUUUUUUGAUUGCUCUGACAUUAAACAGCCAGUCUAUUGUCAUUAAAAUUACUCAUGUCCAGCAGUUAAAGGGCAGUAGACGACAUUCUCUCUUGGUAAAAAAAAAAUCCCGUUUCUGAUGCUUGCUGAAGAAUCAAAGGGCACUCCCCACAUUGAAGAGAGAGAAAAAAGAAUUACACCACAUUCUAUUUUUGAUUGGUUUAAUAAAGUGUUGGCAAAUGCCUUAAUGAGCCAACUGGCCCAUUAUAAAAAUAUGGAAGAAAUAAGUGUAUACCAUCAGUCUUCAAAUGGUGGGUCAGGACCCAGCUCACUCCUGGGUCAUGGACUGAUCUACCACCCUACAAAUAUAUAGCAAGUAAUUAAGAAAUUGGUCCCUAGGUGUAUGGUUGGGUUAAAGGUGUCUGAAAAUGUUGACUACUGCCUUAGACAGUGGGCAUUUGGGCACCACUAGCAAGUGGAUGUUUGUAUUCUGACUAUAUUUUUCACAUGUUUAUGUAUUUAUUAUUAUUGUAUUUUUACUCUUUGUUGUAAAUCACCUCAGGAUUCUUUGAAGAGAAAAGUAAACUAUAAAUUUAAUGAACCCCAAAACUUAUCUAUACACAUUUGUUGAACACUGGAUUUAUCAACUACCGAAGCGUUAAGUUUCAAGAUAAUAUGCAUCCAUACGCAUUAUUCUCACUUUUAUUAUGUAUUGUUUAUUUUGUGCCUAAUAUUUUUGUAUUCAGGAGUGAUCCAUUCUGUGCUUGUUGCUAUUGUAUGUAAUGCACUUAAGUGUUAAGUACAUUAACACCUUUGUACUUCCUAUUAAGUUCUAGUUAUAUUCAAUUUAUUUAUAUGAAUAAUUCAUGUUAUAUAGCCUUAUCAUUAUAUUUAAUAAAACAAAAAGCAAACAAACAAGGAACUGCAAUUCAGCAGCUAAAAUCUCAGUUUGGCUCCCCCUAUUCACAAACCAAUUGUUUUUCUUUUCUGCUAACAAUUCUUGGAAAUUUAUUACCCCUAUUUUGCACCAAUUUUUGCUUUUUAUGUGUUCAUUAUGUGUUCGUUUUCACAUGUGAAAUAUUGGAGGCUAUGGAGCAGGUCUAAUUUUUCACUGCAGGGACCAUAAGAACUCAAAUUUAGCAGAAAUAUUUUCUAAACCUUUCCAAUGUUUCUUACAGAGAAGAUGAUGCAUAGGCAAACAUAAUUAUUAGAUCCCAACUCUACAAAAAGGACAUAUUAAACUGGUUUGUUUGACAAUUGAUUCAGACUUUGAAAUUAGCCUAGAUUUGAAUUGUUUGCUAGUAGUAUUAGCAACCUAUUAAGGUAAAGGUACCCCUGACCGUUAGGUCCAGUCGCGGAUGACUCUGGGGUUGUGGUGCUCAUCUCGCUCUAUAGGCCGAGGGAGCCAGCGUUUGUCCGCAGACAGCUUCCGGGUCAUGUGGCUAGCAUGACUAAGCUGCUUCUGGCAAACCAGAGCAGUGCACAGAAACACCGUUUACCUUCCCGCCAGAGAGGUACCAACGAAGACCACAGUUUGGGACCUAUGAAAUAAGAGUUGCUUGGCACAUGGUUACAGGGCCAUAAGCAUCAUUUGGCUUAUUUUGUGUCAGAUUUUGCUUUCAGAUUCUUUUUAUACACUUCUUUCCUACAUGGUAUUUUGUUGCUCUGUGCUUGAGGUUCUUCUGCCUUUGUGUGUGUCUCUGUGUGUGUGUGUGUUUAAAGCACAGUUGUAUUUGUUAUCAAGUGUCCUUACACCAUAUUCUUCCUUAAGCUCAAAGCUCUUAUGAGGACCUUGGACAUGGCUGAGGUCCACAUCUAUUUAACAACAAAAGGCACUUUCUCAUAAUACAUCAUGUAAUUCUCCCUCUUUCAAAAAGUUCCCUGAGGAUAUAGAUCAUCUCAGUGGGUGGGCAGGGAAUAAAAUGUUUUAAAAUCAACUCUUGUAUGGAGUCUUCUAUGGAGAAAGACACAUUUGGAGCCUGGGGAGUGAAAAUAUUUACAAAUGUUCAAUAUUUUAGUCAUUUUGCUGGAAGAUUUUUCUUUAGAUAGAAAGUAUGGGGGUUUUUUAUAUACCCUUUCUACUUGCUUUCCAUUAUUUUCUUUUAUGAUAUUAGCAUCUUCUGUGUAUCUCGUCCUCUUUUCCAGAGGAGAAUUUGGGUUAUUACAUCUCCUUUUUUUGCUUGUGGUAAUUUCAUAAUACCUCCCUUCUCUAAAGAAAAUUAUUCAUUUUAAUUUAAUAGUAAUAGUGAGAAGAAAAAGCUCAUGUAUGUUGGACAACAAAAUGAGUAUUAAUGUUUUAUUAUAAAUUAUUUAUCAUUACAAACAUUAUUAUUUUAGUACCCUUGUUUAAAAUAAUGUGUAUUAUGAGAUAAUAACUAUUGCUUAAAUACUGAAACUUUAAAAUAGAAAAUAUCUCCCCUCUUAUGUCUUCUCUUCUACUUAACUAAAGGUUGUCGUGGAGACAGAUAAAUCUUCUUUUGAAUUUGAGUUCUUGUCAUUGGAUGAUUUGGAGCAUAUGGUCAUCCACAUAGUCACAUCUCUGAAGAAGAUCUUUCCAAUUUCUUCACCUGGGUAAGGGGGUUAUGUAGUUUACCAAAGCCCAAGAUUGUACAUAUAUUGGAGACUUUUGAACAGGUGGGGGAACCUGUGGCCCUGUAUAUAUUGUUGGACUAAAAUUUUCACCAUCUCUGACCAUUAACUAUGUUGGCUGGAGCUGAUGGAAGUUAGAGCUGAACAAAAUCUGGUGGGACACAGGUUCCCCAGCCUACAUUAGAAGAUAUGGGCUGAACGCUGGUGACCAGGGCCAAACUAGUUAGAUGGGUUUGGAGUGGUUGUUAUUAUAUAGCACAUUAGCAUGCUCAAAUCAGGUACAUUAUCUUAAAUAAAACAUACAACAGGGCUAGCCACCAUGGUACUGUCCAGAUAUUUUGGACUACAGCUUCCAUCACCCUUGGCUAUUCUGGCUGGGUUUGAUGGGAGGUGUAGUACACAACAUCUGGAGGGUGUCACAUUGGUUAUCCCUGCCUCACAACAACCAUUUAAAUCAGGGCAGUGUUAUUAUGCUUCACAUAGCAGGUAUGAAGAUGUGGGGUGGAACAGUAGAGAAUUUAAGAGAUAGUGGUAUGCCUGAGGCUUUCCUAUAGACUCGUUACGUGAUUUGAACAAGUAACUUAUUGGUUAACAGUUCAGUCUUAUAUCCACUAUCCUAUACUAGCAUCUGUUUCCCAAAAGCAUCUUGUCUGAAGCAUCUGUUACGCUUGAAAGGGAUAGUGGACGCUCACUGACACAGUCCAUUAGGGAAAGGGACCAUAGCUUUAUGAUAAAGCACAUUUUUAGCUCAUGUUUCAUACCCAGAUAAUGCAAGAAGUGAUAAUGCAGUGGGCAGCCAACACUUCUUGGGCUUCGUAUUUUGUAAAGACUCAAGCCAAUAACAGUUCUAAUGAGAGGACAAUAAAGCACUUGGUUGUGGAUAACUACACAACAUUGAUCUAUCUAGCUUGGUAUUAUCACCACUGAGAGGCAGUGGCUCUCCAGAUAAUAAGCUUUGAGUCUUUCUUGGCCCUGUCUGCAAACACCAGGGGUUGAACCUGGGACUGGUUGCAGACAAAGCUUGUGCUCUACCAUCUUCAUCUUACAAAGCCAUGGCAGACUCCAGUUAAUGUAUAAGGGGUGGGCAGGAAUGGAGCACAGAUGAUAUUUUGUUGAAACCAAACAGAAGCCUACAAUACCUUCUUAUUUCUGAGAAGGUACAAUGGUCACAUAUACAAGUAGAAACUGAUUUACUGAGACUGUGCCAGGGCAAUAUUGUAAGAAUGACAGGGUGUUACAGAUCAGCACAUGUUCUGGUUGAAGUUUCCAGAAGCAUUUUUGGUUUAGAGAUGCAUAACUGAUUACCUUAAGCACCAGAUGUUUCAACAGUACCAAUUUAUUUGUUUCUUUUAAACAAAAGAAAGGUAGGGUGGAUACGUGAGUGGACAGUGUUGUUAUAUGAUUUAGGCACUAGAUGGCUGUGGACUUAAUUGUAUGUAGGUGGAAUCAGGAGCUUCCUGUGUCUGUCCUGAUAAUAAUGUUUUUGUCCAACUUCCUGACCGGUGCGUCCUCUAAGGCUUCAGUGAAAAAAAUGUAAUUGGUUUUUCCCUUUGUUUUGAAGAAACCUACUCCAAAAUGCCUCCCCCAUCUUGCUCGACAGAAUAAAAGCGAUAACAGAUUCCUUGGAAGAAUUACUAAAGGAAAAUCAAGGCCCAUGUGGUAAUCUUUAUAUAUAAAAAUUAUUGGAGGAAAAUAUGUUGGAAGUAAUCGUUGAGCCAAACUAUAGUUGUGGAGAAUGUAAGAAGUAUAAACUAGGAAUGAGGAAAUAUAUCAAUUCUGGUUUCUCAUUUUUCUCCACAUUUUCACAGCUGUUUGCAAUUAUUGUGGUUUUUUUUAAAUCCUCAUGAAAAUUCACCAGCAUUUGUGUGAAUUUCUCCUAAUACACACAUUUGUUUAUGCAGUUUCUCCUGAUAUAAUGAAUUUAAUGUUAUCUUCAUUAACAUAUUCAAUUAUAUGCACAUUUUGUCCUAGUAUAUGUAUUUUGUUACCCGUUCCCUGGCUGGAUAAGUGUACUGCAAAAUUUGGAGAAUGCAAAUUUUGAAGGAUGGCUAUGUUUCUCUAAUGUUUCUGAAAGUUUGAGUUAGGUAGGCUCCUCUCUGCAAAGUGAAUCAAAUUUCUCCCCUAUCCCUAGUCUAAACUAGCCUUUAAAAUAUGCUUACAAAAGCUUUUAGCCUUUUAAAAAAAGUGAGCUACUGGGGGUCGUAGGGAAGGGAAGUAUGGCUGCAUCUCUCCUCAGACAGCCCACUGUUUCCUAUUUUGGGCGCAGAGGAAGCACAGAACUUAUUUAUCCACCUGCAUGCAGUUUCUUGUUGUGUGUGGCAAUUAGGUAAGUGUUUAAAUACAAGGCUAGUUUAAUAAUAAUAAUAAUAAUAAUAAUAAUAAUAAUAAUCUAUACCCCUCCCAUCUGGCUGGAUUUCCCCAGCCACUUUGGGUGGCUUCCAACAAAACAUUAAAAUACAAUAAUUCAUCAAAUAUUAAAAGCUUCCCUAAACAUACAAUUUAAACUAAAAGUUUAAACUAAACUAAAAGUUUAAACAUACUAUUAAACUGGUGGUAAAACUAAAGCUUACUUCCCUUAGAGUGCUCAAGCCUUUAAAAAAUCUGACAAUUCUGAAUUCAUAUAAAUUUAGCAUAAGCACAGAUUGGAAAAUAGGGCUGCAGGGUGUGUGUGUGUGUGUGUGUGUGUGUGUGUGUGUGUGUGUGUGUUUGACCUUGGCUUCAGAAGCACAGAGUUGCUAGUAGCUGUCACUCUGGCACCCUUUCUAGGAAUCAUUUCAUGUAGAACUUGCCCUGGACUGCAGAUGCUUAUGCAGCCAUCUCCCCAUGUGCACAUAUGGUCAAUCUUUCCCUUGAUUAAGACUGCCAUCCUCUAUUGGUUUACCUGGGAGUAAGCUUCACCGAACACAAUAGUUAUUUCCAAGUAACCUUUCAUAGGAUUGGUCCAUAGAAUAUUUAUACCCUGCCUUAACAAUUAUUGAUUAUCUUCAUAGCUGUUCACAAAAUGAUAAAAUAUGAACCAAUUUUAAACAACAUCUUAAAAAUGAAACACUAGAAGCAGAAGCAGCCAGACAGUAAAAUGGGAGAUGAAAUUGCCGAUAAAGCUAAGCAGCAGCAUCCAAUUAAGCAUUAUAAACCAUUAAAGGUCUGGGCAAGAAGGCUGCUUUGUGCAUCAGCUGUAUAUAUGAGAUGAUGGUUUCUAUGGUUGUGCAGCUGUCAAGUGGCCAGAUGCCAAGGAGGACAGCAGGGCUCCUGUGCUAUUUAAAUAGUUGUAAAGAAGAGAGAAUUUUAGCAUUAACAGCUUUUUGUGACAUGGUGUGGUCGUUAGGAGGGUUGAAUUAGGGCUGGGGAAACCCUGGUUUAAAUCCCAAUUCAGCUGUGAAACUCACUGAGCGACUUUUGGUCAUUCAUGCUUUCUGAUGCUGCCUAACCAACCUCACAGGAUUUUUGUGUGGAUAAACUUGACAGGGGAAAAACCAUGUGCCCUGCUCUGAGCUCCUUCAAAAAAAAAAGAAAAGAAAAAAAAGGGCAGGAUAAAAAUGUAAGAAAUACAAGAUUGAUAUACAGUCAAAGCACUCAUAGCUCAAACAUGUCCAAACUUUUCAGUAGCUACAUUUGCUGUUGUAACAAAUGAGAUAUUUACAAAUUGAAGGAAUGAAGCUGAUAGCAGCUCACAUCUCUUCUCCGCUACUGCUUCACUUUAUCUCAAAUGUACUCCUUUUUAUAGUUUUUUCUUAAUAGUUUUUUAAAAUAGAUUUUACAGCUGUAUUUUCUAUUUUUCUAUCCAGAAGGAUUGUUGGCAGGGUUGAGGAAUGAGGAAUGGGGGUGAUAUUACCAAUGGCUCAAAUAUUUGAUUUGGGCAAAGUAUCUUCUUGGCUCAGAAUAUAUGUAUCUUGUGAUUUUCCUGCAUUAUAUAAAUGUUUAAAAGUAAUCACUUUUAUAUGGCCUGUCUUAUAAUUUUUGGAGUCUUCAAAUACCAUAAUCUCUGAAAUCUCUUUAUCACCCAUGCAAGAUAGGUGUAUAGUAAUUGAGCUUGAGAGAUAGUGGUUUACCUAAGACCAACUACUAAGUUUCUGGCAAAGGAGAGUUUGGAUCUAGAACUUGGAAACUUGAACUGUAAAUUCUGUUCUGCAACAUGUUCUGCUAAUAGCCUCUCACAUUUACAGGUGGGUUUUCAGAGACAUACGCUGCUCUCUGUGAUUACAUUGGCCUCCCUUUCCAAGAGGAGAUCCAGUGGGUAAGACACAAAUUAGUCAUUCAUACCAAAACAACAUGCUUAAGAAUAACCCACAACUCUGUGGCAGAAAAAAAGUAAUGGCCAGAAAAUGCCACCGUUUCCUUGUCUCCCAUUGCAUCAAGGAGUUUAAUGUGUGCAUGCACUUUUUCUAGAUGGUGAUUUGGCAACUCAUUUGUGUCCAUAUUCCCCCAGAUCCAUCCUGCAUGACCUGUGUACAAUUUAUUUAUUUUUUUGUAAAGUACAGUGGUACCUUGGUUUAAGAACAGCUUAGUUAUGAAGAACUUGGAUUAAGAACGCUGCAAACUCGUAGGUGUUUUGGUUUGUGAACUUUGCCUUGGAAACAGAACAUGUUCUGCUUCCUGUUGAGUGUGUUUCAUUUGUAAAUUGAGUCCCCCGCUGCUAUGGGAAAGCAUGCCUUGGUUUAAGAACGCUUUGGUUUAAGAACAGACUUCUGGAACUGAUUAAGUUCAUAAACCAAGGUACCACUGUAGUUCUCAAGACACAGGUAUGCCAAGUCUGGCUCAGCAUACUGAUAUUGAGCUCAUCAUUACUCUUGAGUGGAACUCUUCUGUUUAGAGGUGGCUAGGUAGUGCUGUUAGCAUCUUUGCCAUUAUGCGAAUUUGCCAAAUGGUCUCUUACCUCCCUGCAAUGUGCUAAUGUAUUUUAUUUUUAUUUUUCAAGGAUGUGGAUAAUAUUUAUCACAACCAGGAAUGCAGGGAGUUCAACCUGCUGGAUUUCAACCACCUCCACAGCCAGUGAGUCCAUAUAAAAAAAAAUUGGGGGGGGGGGGGGAAUGAGAAGGGUGAAAUCCAUGAGGUGGUAUUGAAAGCUAGUCCUAUGCAGAUUAGACCCAUUGUAGGUAAUAAACAUGACUAAUUUAAAUUCAUUCAUUUCAAUGAGUAGGACUUCAUUGAAUAUCACCUGAUAUGCCGUCAUACCAUACAGUGUUAAAAUAGAAUAGCAGUAUUCUAAGAAAUUCAGGAAUUCAGUCUCCCAGUUCAAGCCAUGUUUAUGUGUCAGUUCAAGCUUGGCUGAGCAAUGCUGUGUGCAUUUGAGUUUCAAGAUACUCAAUGAAGCAGUUGUGUGAUUCCCUUCAUUUCCCCUCAUCUUCCCUGCAUUGGCCCCAAGUGUGUCUGUCUACAAUGUAGCUGAAGACCUCCAUAAGUAGGCAGGCCUUUUGAAUCUAGAUCAAAUGGGGAGUUGCUGUGUUAGACAAUUUUUAAAUAAUCUUUAUUGGGUUUUUUAAAAAAUAAACGGUUCUUUAAAAAAAAUCAAGUGAAUUGUGCCUUUUAGAGUCUAGAUUUUAACUGUUUAAAUUCUAAACUAAUUAUUUUGUAGAACUGAAUAAGCUACAUCUCUUGUUGGGUGCAUAGUGGAUUAGGAUAGGUGGAUGGGGCCAGUGGAUAGCUGAGUUGUUGAGCACCUACUUUGUAUUCCAUUGAACCAUUCCUGGUUCAAUUACUGGCAUCUGUAGGUAGGGCUUGGAUAUUUCCCUGCCUGAAACCCUGAAGAUGCUGUCAUUGAGUGUCGGCAAUACUGAGCUUGAUGGACCAAUGGUACAACUUGACAGAAUACAUUUUCUAUGUAGUAUUGCUUUGUCCUGUUGCAGAGAUGUGGCUGUUAGUGUGACUAGCCUGUCACUGAAUCAGUGGUUCACAAGGCUGUGCUGCAAGGACUUCAAACUGGUGAGUACAGUGUGCUAGGCUUUUUGGCAAGGACCUCCCUGAGAUGGACAGAAGUAUAAGACCACAGGAUGCAGCCUCCUUGCUGAAGCCAAGCAGGUCUGGGUCUGGGCAUUGCCUGGAUGGGAGACUGCCUGCAAAUUCCAUGUAUACCACCUUGAGGUCUGUGAUGGAAGAAAGGCGGAAUAUAAAUAAAACAAAUAAAUAUAAAUUGGAGAGGGAUCAUCGGAGUACAUGCUUCACAUGCAGAAGGGCCUGGGUUCAAUCCCUGACACCCCCAAUUGAAAGCAUCAGGUAGUAUGUGAUGUGAAAAGCGCAUGGAGUGAUGAUGCCAGAUAGAGUAGAUAGUACUAGGCUAGAUGGACCUGGUUUAAAAAGCAUCCUUCUUAGUUCUUAUGAUGAUGACAACAGCAACGAUGGUUGGCAUCUGUGUGGGCAGCUCACAAAAAUUAAUAAAAUACAAUAUUAGAAAUACAAUACAAAACCAUAAAAAGAAUAAAAAUGUGCUUCUUGCAGAUUUACAGCAAAAUAAAAACUAUAAAACUGAGACACUCACAUUAAAAGCACUAGUUGUUUAAAAACUCUGGCUGAAUAAGGAGGUAUGUGCCAGCCAUCAAAAAGAGCAUAAGGAUGGUGCCAGGCAAGCCUCUCUUGGGAGGCUAUUCCAUAAGCAUGGUGCAGUUACCAAGGAGGCCCUAUCCUGGUAGUCGCUGAAUUUAGCAGGGGCACUCGGAACACAACCUCUGUGGGAGAAAGUGAGUUUUCAGAGUAGGUCAGGGAGAAAAUCAGAAUAUAGAAAAGAGACUUUUCCAUUUUUAGUCCCACAAUUUUCUGCUAGCUGUUAAUAUAGGGGUUAGUGAUUAAUAUUUAGUGAUUAAUAAUUAUUUAGAAGUUCUUUGAUAAUAACUGUCUCUGCCGCUUUCAUAUGUCAGAAGUAAAAUGUCUUCCUGAACCUUCCCUAGCAGGAUUUCACAGUAUAUUUUAUUCUGCCCUAGAAUUUGGAUAUCCUGGAUCAGAUUCUCCAUGUUCUCAGCAAAUCAGUGACUCUGGAAGAGCUGGUGUUGGAAAACUGUGGCUUGAAGUUGUAAGCAGAAAAAGUCUGGAGGUUUCAUUAUGAAUAUAUUGUGAAUUGAUAAUAAAUGGUGGUUGCUGUUGGGAGUGGGACACUGCAUGACAACAGGUACACUUUUUUUAACAACAUGCAACAAACAGCUUCAUAAUAUAUCAGCAUGCUGUGGCAAUGAUCAGACCAGUUAUUUAGGACUGAGCAAAAUCUCCAGCAAAAGAAUUAGGGAUGUUAUGGAAUCUUAGUUGAUUCACCAACCAGGUGCCCUCCAUAUGUUUUGGACUGCAACUCCAGCCAGCAUGGUCAUACACGGUUGUAAUUUAAAAGAUACAGAAGGCACUGCAAAAUCCCAUGGAAGAUGGACAGCAUUGUGCCAGUCACACACAAAAUGGCAGAUAAACACCAGUUUAAGGUACCAACACCAACAAGCUUGUACAGUAUACAGAUUGGAAAAACGAAUACUUAAAGCUAUGAAUAGGAAUGUGUCGGGAGUAAAGUAUGAGUUCUAAGCUCUGCCACUUAAUUGUCUCCAUGCCUCCUGCUGUGGUAACCAGAACUAUUUCUGAUCUUCUCUGACCUUCUGUUUCUUCCAAGAGAAGAACUCAAGAAGACUUGAGUAGGAGUUUGUGCUGCACACAUGUGGGUUCAAAAAGAUCCUCAUGGGCAUCCCACCAGAACAUUUUCAGUCAGAUUGACUUUGACCUUCAGUCUGGACUAAAUUUGCAAACCAUGCACCAGUCAGUAGGCAGGUCUGGAAGUUCAUAUUUUGGUCAUAAUGUUGAGUGUUCCACCAACCUCUGGCAAGUAUAGGAUGCUACCAAGUUGCCCCCUAAUCUUGGAACUGGAGCGGGAGUCAUGGAUCAUCCUCACCAUUGUGCUCCACUCAACAUAUCUAAAGGGAUGGUUCCCCUCCCCAGUCUCAAGGUCAGGAGGAGACCUUAGCAACACAGAACCAAAACAGAGCUGGGACUUGCUUCAGGCUGGGACUUGCUUCCAUGCAAUGUGUUUCCAAUGAUGAGUUCUCCAUCUCAUGCUCCAUGGCUGGAGUUGAGAGGACAAUAGGGAAUUGUUCCUGAUCUUGCAUUGUGCUUUGGAUGGGCAGCACAAAAUCAGGAACAAGGUAUCAACCCUUGGGAGAGGAGCAAGUUCUUAGUGGCCACAGAUGUUUGGUUGGCACGAAGGGAAGUCAAAAUGUGUGAGUCACUAUUAUUUUCAUCUGUGGGCUUGUUGUUACUGUGUAAAAUCUUUUUCCCUUGCAGUGAUUUUGCUCAACGGAUGGCCCAGGUGCUUCACAAUAAUCCAAACAAUACCUUAAACAUGCUUAAUCUUUCUGGAAACCUGCUUGAGGACCGAGGUAGUGCAAUUUCUGAUCUCUUGGCCAAUAUUGCAAAGUAGUGACUUGUGUGUUCUGGCCGUAAUAAUAAAUUUGGUUCACUGUCUUCACUGGUGGAGGAAGAGGAGUGUGGGGGGAGUGCACCGCCUCCAGCAGCGCGAUCCCAGUAGGGUGCCAUCGUGGCUGCCCCCCCGCCCAUGCUAGGCGCCCUGCCCCCAGGACGUGUGUCACACCUCUGCGGGCAGCGCACCCCACCCCCAGGACAUGCGCCAGCCCCGCCCCCACCUGCUCUCCGCCCCCCGGUGCCGGAGCAUGAAGCUCCACCACUGACUGUCUUAACUACCGUAUUUUUCGCCCUAUAGGACGCACUUUUUCCCCUCCAAAAAUGAAGGGGAAAUCUGUGUGCGUCCUAUGGGGCGAAUGCAGGCUUUCGCUGAAGCUUGGAGAUCGAGAGGGGUCGGUGCGCACCGACCCCUCUCGCUCUCCAGGCUUCAGGAAGCUAUCAGCAAGCCUGGGGAGCCCACAGGAGUUCCCGCAGGGCUCCCUAGGCUGCGGAUAGCAGCCUGCUUCCCGGAGCGCGGGGCGCGCUGGAAGCAGAGCGCCCGGCGCUUCGGGAAGACAUCCGCAGCCUGCUUCCCGGAGCGCGGGGCUCGCUGAAAGCAGAGCGCCCCGCGCUUCGGGCAGACAUCGGGCAGCCCCACAAGCUUGGGGAACAGCGGGGAGGCGCAGCGCCGCCAUCCCGCUGUUCCUCGACCUGGUUUGGAGGCUGGCGCUAGGGAGAAGCGCGCUUCUCCCCAGCGCCAGCCCCACAAGCUCGGGGGACAGCGGGGAGGCGGAGCGCCGCCAUCCCGCUGUUCCCCGACCUGGUUUGGAUUCCCCGACCUGGUUUUCGGGGGGAAAUAAAGGGAAAUUUUUUUCCCUUUAUUUCCCCCCCAAAAAACUAGGUGCGUCCUAUGGGCCGGUGCAUCCUAUGGGACGAAAAAUACGGUAUUUACUUGGUUGCUCUAUUUUCUGGCUAAAUCCUUCUGCAGUUACCUAGGUAUAGAGAAUCUCAUUUGUUUCUGCCUUUAGAACUUUCAAUUACUAAAGUUGCAUUCUCUGCCCUCAUGAACUGAGAGAAAAGAGACCUUUCCAAGUCUUCAAUUAGUUUGAGUGCUUCAGCUGUUAUAAAUAUGGUCUUUUAAUUUGUUAAGUGAUUCGCCAUCUUUACUGUGUGUUUGACCUUACAGUAGCCCUAUGAGGUAGGUGACCAUCAGUCUCCCUUUACCAAUGGGGAGCUAAGGCUGAGAAAUUUAUCUUAAAUCCCUACACUGAAGAAGAGGUUGGAUUUGAAUGUUGGUCCAAGCUUAGCUCUGGCCCACACUAGCUUAAGCAGUAAGAUUAACUUGGGGAACAGGAGUGAAUUUGUUAAACAAAUAGCAUUUAGUGUGUAAUUGCUGCGUGUCAUUCAUUCACCUUGGGGAAAAUUUGUAUCACGAUAUCAUCACCCAAUCGUUAUAUAGUCCUGUGUUUUCUUAGUGCUGCUUCCAUCUUUUGUAGAAUUUCUCCAAGCCUAGAUUGCUUUUGUGCUUCUUUUUCAGUAUUCCCAAGUGGCAUGGGUGCAAAAUGUGUAUUGAUACAUUGGGCAGGUAGACUUUUUCCCCGCUUGACAAACUUUGACUAUUACUUUUCAGCGGUCAUCAUAUUAUCACUGUUCCUCUUUAUUUAUAAUUGUUCUUUUAGUUAGCACUAAAAUGCUAAUAUCCUAUUUUUGUAUAUAACUAAAACUGCCAUUGGCCCCAGCCAGCAUGGCCAAUGGAAAGGGAUAACAGGAGUUGUAGGCUGACCAUAUCCUGAGGGCCCAAGCUGAGGAAGCAAUCUUAAAUAAAAGAGUCUUUUUCUAAAACUCCCCACUGCCUUACUAUUUGCCACCAUUUUAUCAAUGUCCUGCCCCCCCCCCUGCAAUUUAAAAUACUUCUGAUCUAAAAAAAAUUUCUAAGAGCCAUCUGGAACAUCUGUAUAUCAAAACCUUUUUUAAAGCAAAUCAUGACAUCUCGCAGGUAAUUACUCUUAAAUGAACAAAUACCAUGGUGCAAAUUAAAUUAUUGAUCGGGGGGGGGGGAUGUAAAAAAAAUGAUGGCCCAUCUAUGUGGAUGAAGCAUAGCAGAAUAUAUACAGAAAAAUUACAAUACCCCCACCACCACCCAAGUUGUGUGGAAGGUUGAUUGUUGCAAUGCCACUUGUAGUUUACUAUGGUAGAAUAAUUCUUGGGUGGUACUAGGAACUGCCUGCCUAGAAGCAUCACUGAAGUACUGGUACAUGGCAAUACAAUUGCAUUCUAUGUCUACUCAAGGGUUCUCUUCUCUCUUUAGGCAUAAUUGCUAUGAGCCAGAACUUAGAGCAAAGCAUCAAGGGCUUCCAAAGCUUGAACUUUUCUAGGACCUCCUUGACUCCAAAAGGUACAGGGGAAACAGUUAGUGCAUGGUUGAAGGGUUUGGGGUUGUGGUACUGUUUCAGGAUGCUGUAUUAGGAUGGCAUUAGUACAUCAGAGAGAACUGAAAUCUAAAUCUUCAUCUGUGGUAUCUAUUUAUAGUAUAUUGUAGUGUCAUUAUUAAUGUUAUCUUGCUGGGAGAUUUAUUGCAGUGAUUAGAUUUUUUUCCUUCAUUCUUCCAUAUUAAUGUUUUAUUAGUUCUAUUAAAUACUGGUUCAUAUUCCUUUUUUAAUAAAAUAAAUAUACAUUGCCUGUUUUCUUCACUGCAUGGAUCCAGGGCUGGCCAAAGCAAAAUGUAAAUUAAAAAAUCCAGCACAACACCCCCAGAGCCUUGGUAUAGUUAAACAAGCUGAUAAAUAAAAAAAACCAACCGGACAAUUUCUGUUCUUUAAUGGCACUGGGACCAGCUCAAGAAAACUUUUACCUGAGAUGGAACAAAAACAGCAUGCUCCAUGGGUACAGCCAAGUAAAAGUGUAUAGGAGCCAAGACUGACCACUUGUGGCAGAAAAUCCCUUAAAUGCCUCUUACCAGGAGGGAAAAUACAAUAAUUCUAACUUAAGUAAGAAGUUGCUGACCUUUCAUGACAUCAAAAAUCAGUUGACUGAGGUGAGGUAGCCACCUCACUCUACCUAAUGGUAGAGCCAGCCCUGUAACAGGGGCACUGGAUGGAAGACUUGCAUGUACCAGUUGUUGAUAUUUAACAAAUCUAUAAAUUGCAUUGGAGCAUAUCAUGCAACUGUGCUUAUCUAGCUGAAGGAAUGCUUUCUCACUUCAGGUAAAGAUUUAGCUCUCUGUACAUACCAAAUUUCCCCAGUCAAUGUCAGAAUCUGAGCUAAGCAAGGCCAACCUUGCAAAUGUAACAGUUGCCCUCCACCUUCCUCUGUGUAACUUGGCACUUGCAUCCUUAACGUCUCUUUGUGAUUUCUCUUGCCUGCCAGGAAUGUUGGCCCUUUGCCAAUCUCUAGGCUCCAAUAGACUAUACAGAACUACUCUGUACCACUUGGACCUUUCUGGGAACCCAGGGAGCCUGGCCACUGAAGGUGCAGAGGUGAGUAUUCAUGGCCCCUGGAAACUGUGUAGCAGAUGUGUUUUGCCUCCUGUUUCAGACACAGACAGGGACUCAAGUUUGCUCCUCAGCCCCAAUGUUGCUGUUUUGGAAUUACAGUCUUUAAAGAUCAAUGCAUCUAGGUUUCAUUUGCUUUUGCAUUUCUGCAGAAGCUAAUGAAAUAACAGAGUCAACAAUGCUGUUCUGGAGCAGUUGUCUCCUUGCAGGAAGAGUUUUCUGGGCCUUUCACCUUCUCUUCCCAAAACUUAACUUAUCUUGCUGUUUAGUCCCACAAGACCUGUUGCUGCUAAAAUAUUCUGUGUUAGUUCACAAGCUUUAAGUUGUCUCACCACCAGGCAAAGUCAUUGGAUAGUUUAAGUGGCUCAAGGGGUCACUUUUACUGGUGAUUCAGGCCUUUAAAGGUGAACAGCUCAGAAGUAUAGAGGUAAACAAUGAAGAUAUUUUUGUUCUAUUCACUUUUAUACACUUUCAUUUGUUUUUUUACAUUGAAGUUUUAUUGAGUUUAGUUUUAAUGAUGUAGUAUAUUGUUUGUUAGACUAUACACCAUUUAGAUUUUUCUGAAAUAUUAAGCAGUUUAUAAAUGCUUUUAAAUAAGGAAUUGAGUCAUGUUCUAUCUAGAAAGCUCCAGAUAUUAGUUUAGCAGUGACAUUUAGGCCUGUUGGAGCUUCUGGAUAGUUUUCAAAGGCAGCUCUAGAGUACAUUAAAGAAAUGCUUGCUGUGGACCUUGCUGUCUUACAACAGCCGCAUUGCAAUUUUCUUUCUCAACAAGUAAGUCUUCUCUCUCUCUCUCUCUCUCUCUCUCUCUCUCUCUCUUUCUCUCUCUCUUUCUCUCUCCCCUUUCAGGGCUUGUUUUCUUUCCUGAGUCAGCCAAAUGCUUUAGGUCACCUUGAUCUCUCUGGGACAGCCUGCGCUUUGGAUGUGGUGAGCACCUGGCAGCUGCUGCUAUUUCUUACUCUUAAGCAUGUUGUACCAUGUCAUUUUCCUGGAAUGAGGACCCUGUAUUAUUGUGCUGUCACGAGUGAAGUUCCUUUAAAAUGAGUCAGACCCUUAGUCCAUUUAACCAAGUACUGGCUACUCUCACUGGCAGUGGCUGUUUCUAUUUGAAAAUGGAGUUUGCUAGUUAUUUUGUUGGUUAAAACAUUGAUAUCUUGCCCUUCUGUUGCAAAAAUAAACAAAAUCGAUACUAUCACUCUGGACAGCUUACAACAUUCAAAACCUACAGUUUCAUAAAACAGCAAUAUAAAAACCUCAGCCAAAAUGACUGAGGCUACAUACAUAAUAUAUUUUUAAAGCACAUUCAUAGCACAUUUCCCAACUCAAACUGUAGUUUGUUAAGGGUUGUUGAGAAUUGUAACUCUGAGAGGUAAACCGCAGUGCCAAUAAUUAUUUGAGGGGAAGAAUGUAUUUCAAAUGUCCUUUAAAGGUAUAGCAUGUAACCAUAGCCUGAGUCAGCAGUUAAAUCCAAAAUAUAAAACUUUUUAUGGAUCCCAGUGGCACUCUCAGAAUUCCACAGUUGACCAUGAGCUUGUUUUGUUUUGUUUUCCACAGUUGUCUGACCUUUUCCUCCUCUGUCCCCAGCUUUUUGAUGCCUUGGGUGCUGGUUGCUGUGAAAGCCUAAUCCACCUGAACUUAUCCAAGAACAUUUAUACACACAAGUAAGAGCUUGGUGUGCUUUCCCUGCACCUUUCUGGCAGGCUACUUGGGAGCAGUAGCAUAUUAUGCCAGCCUGCAGUUUUAUUUUAUUUAUUUAUUUCACUAGAUUUAUGUACCAUAAAACCUCAGAUUGGUGUACAAGAAGACAACAUGGUAUAAAAGUUGGUAGAGCUUUUAAACUGAGCUUUUAAAAAAAUCCAUAAACCAUUGUGAUUUUGGGCAAGAGCCUGAAAAUAUGCAUGUGAAGCUCUUUUGUUCAGUGGGUUUCUAGAGUAAUGACUUGGUACUUCCUGAUAGCCUAGUCCAGAUGUCUAAACCUGACUUGGCUCCUGCUUCACAUAAAGAAUCUGCAUUGCUCCUGAAUUCAAGUUUAGGUGCUGUUCUUGUGUUGAGUGACAAUCCUGUACAUUCUCGUGACUUUGGUUGCAAAAUCUUGGCAGAGGAUUACAUUUUCAAAUCAAGCUUUUGACUAUUUCGUGGUGGAGUGGGUUCAGCCUCCCCUAAGGUCUUGGGGACAGUCUACCCAAGUCUCCUCUGACAAUCUCCUACUUUAAGGGGAUGCCCUGUGAUUAGGGGAGCUGGUUGUCUCAUUUCAGCUGUCUGAGCCAGGCAGGGGAGCUGUCCAGCAGUGCAGACAGUCAGAGGACCUAGUCCUGAGCCAGGAAAAAGAGCUGAGCAGAAUAGUGCUUUGCUAUGAACAGGUCUUCCAGCCAGUAGCAGAGGGUAUAAUUACUCAGCUUGCUUGUCCCACCCUUCCUGGGGUGCUAAUGGGAUCAUGACCCUGACUGUUUUUCCUCUUUUGACAUGGGAUGCCUUGUUCAGCCAAGUGAGCACAGUAGCAUCAGGACUAAGCUUCAUUUUGGACUUUCUGCCUUUACUGUUCCUUAGGACCCCAUGGAGGGUCCAGAGUUAAGGGAUGAGUCCAGUUAGGCCAUAUCAGGUCUCACAAGUCUGCAGUUACCCUGGAUGGAAUACAGUGGUACCUCAGAUUACAUGUGCUUCAGGUUACAUACGCUUCAGGUUACAGACUCCGCUAACCCAGAAAUAGUGCUUCAGGUUAAGAACUUUGCUUCAGGAUGAGAACAGAAAUUGUGCUCCGGCGGUGUGGCGGCAACAGGAGGCCCAAUAAGCUAAAGUGGUGCUUCAGGUUCAGAACAGUUUCAGGUUAAGAACGGACCUCCAGAACGAAUUAAGUACUUAACCCAAGAUACCACUGUAUCUUGGUGGUAUGAGUGUUAGUGUUCCUUUUGGGUUCCUUGUCUCCCUUGGUCCUGGGAUUCAUGGUGACAUCAUAGGAAUAUAGGAAGCUGCUUUAUACCGAGUCAGACCAUUGGUUUAGCUAGUUCAGUAUUGUCUAUGCUGUUUUCUCCAGGUUAUCGGGCAGGGAGCAUUUUCAACCCUACCUGGCAAUGCUGAGGAUUGAAUCCAGGGCCUUCUGCAUGCAAAGCAGCUGUUCUGCCACUGAGCUAUGGCCCGUUCCUUCAUCCUCCUCUAGUGAGGAGGCAUUUUCUGAUCCAGUUCCAGGGGUCUGUGGGUCCUGAUACCUGCCCAUAGAACUUAAGUUACUGCAUUUCUUUUCAGAAAGAACAGUGAUGUUCCUGUUGGAAUCAGCAAUUUCUUCAGCAAAGCCUCUGCUCUCCAACAUGUUUCAUUGGCUGGAACCAAGUUACCAACAGAGGCUUUGAGGUGAGGGGUAGAUAGUUGUUUUUAGCUGGCUCCCAUUGGGGGAGGGGGAGAGAGAGAGACAAUAUUUAAUGUGAUCUGGAUUCAAGUCCCAUAUCUACCAUAGGUUGUUGUAGUCUUGUGUAAUUCAUUGUUCUUCCAGCUUUGGUUCCCCGUUUGUAAAUGAGUGAUCUAUAUUGAAGAACUACUAUAAGGAUGAAAAUAACCUCAUGCAUAAAAUUAAUGGCUGUGUUUGGAUGUCGUGAUGAACAGCAAAUUAUUGUGAUGGGAAUACACCAAGACGUUCUCCAGGCUUACACUCCCUUCCCCUCUCAUUCUCUGGUGUUGCUGCAAGGAAUUCAGAAGCUUUCACUUCCAUUUUUGAUGACACAUCACUUGUCAUCUAAAUCAAACUAACUGUGGCUAAUCUUUUUUGGCUUGUUUGGGGAAAAAAACCAACUUCACACCAACCAUAGCUUAUGAAGCUGGCUUGUUUCAAGCAACCAUAGUUAAAAUUAACCACAGUUUAGGGUUCUGAAGUAAUUGGAAAUAAAACUUCCAAUCUCCUCCUUACAGCUGCACUGCAAGAGGAGAGAAGAGGAGGGGGAGAGAGGUACACAAGCUCUGGAGGAGGUUAGGCUCAUUCUCAUAACACUAAACUGUGGGUUAGUGUUUCAUCUGAAUGCAGCCGAUACAAGCAAGUAAAUAUGAGAAGGUAACUAAUAAUAAUAUCAAAAGAAGAAAAAAUGCUAGACAGGCACAGAAAGGUAUACUUGACUAUUUCUUAGCUAAGUGGGCAUGAAGAAAUGAGGCAUAAUCGAGAUGAAUUCCGUAACACACACAUUAAUUUAUGGAUUUGCCACAGAAUGCAUAAAGGGGGGGGGGGUGACAAAUCCAUUGAGAAGGAGACAAAUCCAUGGUGUUUGUUUGGAAUCUCCAUAGUUAGAGGCAGCCUAUCACUGAAUACCAGCUUGCUGGAAGGCAACAGCAGAGGGGGGCUGUUGUAUAAUGCUGGACUAGCUGAACUUUUGAUCUGAUCCAACACAAAGUAAUUCUUAUCCUUUGUGGGUUCAAAGAAGCAAAGUGGUGAGCUAUUAGGGAUUAAAUGAAGCAUUUUGGGGUGGAGUCAAAUCUACAGUGGAGGGGGAGAAGAUGCAGAACCAGGUUCCCCCCAUGACACCUGGCAGUUAGAGCUGCUCCCUGCAGUGGCUUCAUGCUCCGGCACUGGAGGGCAAAGCGCAGGCAGAUGCGGGGCUGGCAAGUGUCCUGGGGGCGUGGUGCACCGCCUGCAGGGGUGGGGCACCCAGCGCAGGCAGGGGGGCAGCCACGAUGGCACCCUACCGGGAUCACGCUGCCAGGGGUGGUGCGCUCCCCCCGCACUCCUCUUCCUCCGCCAGUGGCUCCCUACCCUUGUUUCCUUUCUGGUUUGUUACAGAGCUUUGCUGCAGGCCUUGGCAUAUAACCACCAAUUGAGUGGUCUGCACCUGGACCUCAGUACCUGUGAGGUAAGAAGGGACACCCCUCCCAAAAAAAGUGUACCUAAUAAAAGUUGCUAGAGAGGUUUGAAGAAGAUGUAGGCAAAAGGGCAGAUGAUAUGAAGUUUGUGUUACAGUUAUCUGAGACAUGGUUCAUUUCUUAUGAAUCAGAUUUAAUAUUAACCAAGGUGGAAAUACCAUUUUAGGUGAUGUACUAGGUAAAAAUUCAGUAGAAGCCAAAGUGGUUGGCUUUACCUAGCAGCUGAAAGGACUAUUUCCUCGGAUAAUAAAUCACUAGAUUCAUGUGGUUUAAGGUUCUUUUUCUCUAGCUUAGGUUUCCACUGUUGAAUGGCUAAAUCCAGUAUUUUCCAAGUCAUACAAAAAGUAAAUGUAGCCGUUUUGGCUUGCUAGACUUGAUGACUAUAUCAGAAGUGGCAUGAAUACCAGUUGCUGGGAAUCAACAGUGGAAGAGGGCUGUUGCCCUGCUUGUGGGCUUCUGCGAGGCAUGCAUGUGGUUGACCACCGUGAGAAAUGGGAUGUUGGUCUAUUUAGGUAUUUGGUCUAAUUCAGCAGGGCUCUAUUUAAUGUUCUUAAUAAAUAUUGCCAAUAAAAAUUGACACCUCAGCAUAUCAAAACCAAGAAAUCAAAGUAGCUCUAAUCUGACAGAGUUGUUCUUAUUUUUUUAUGUUCUUACUCUUUUUGAAUAUGUAUGAAUUGUCUUCAUAUUAAAGCUGAAAUCAGCAGGUGCCCAGGUGAUCCAGGAUCUUGUUUCAGAUGCCAGCUCAAUCAAGGAGUUGAAUUUAUCCGACAAUGGUAGGUCUGUCAGUUCCUUAGACUGCCUCUGUCCCUAAGACUGAGGGAGACAGUGUGCUCUCUAGCUCUUUGUGUCCCCUUCCUUGUCAAUCUAGGCUUAUCUGAAUAAUACAUACUCUGUAUUAGACUAGGAUCUGUGGGUGGUCUUUUCUUUGUGGUAUGUUAAAAGUUCUCAGCCACUUUUAACAUUCCCUAAAGGGGCCUGAUACAUAUCCCGCCAAAAGAGCAAACAGGUCUUUGCUGGUUUACUGGAAUCUAAAGCAAAAGUAGCUAACCUUUGGCCCUCCAGAUGUUGGACUACAACUCCCAUCACUCCUGACCCUUGGCCAUGCUGGCUGGAGUUGGUGGAAGUCCAACAGCAUCUGGAGGGCCACAGAUUAGCCCCUGAUCUAAGUGCUGUUUCUUAUAAGGUUUCACAAGCCUGCCUCACCUUCCUGUGUCUGAAUUAUAUCAAAUCUAGUGUUUAAUAAUCUGUUUUGGUGAAGGCCCUUGCUUGCCUGUGACCAAUCAGCCUUGCAGGACCCCCACCUGCACCCAUGAGGUACCCAUGCAUACACAGCUACUCUUUCUGCAGGCUUUGAUUCUGACAUGGUGACACUGGUGCUGGCCAUCGGUAGAAGCAGAUCCAUCAAGCAUGUUGCACUAGGAAAAAACUUUAAUAUCCGGUCCAGGUAAGCAUUUAACACUCCGUUGGUAAUUUUAAAAAAGUUAAAUACUAGUAUUAAUACAUACAUGUGAGAUAGAGUUGAAAGAAUUUUUUUACAUACCUAGGCUAUGUUUUUUUAUUUGCUUGCUUUUAAUAGUUUUGAGCCUGCAUUUCCAUACCUAGAGGCAAACCCAAAGCAACUCUUAAGUUGAAAGUAAUAAAGACAUGAUAGUACCAUGCAUUGCAAAAUACAGAAGAACAGACUAAUAAAAAUAACAGCAGGGAUAGCAAAAAAACCAAAACACCAAAAACUUGCACACAAUGUAAUUGGUUGCCAUACACAACAGUACUACAAAAACUCAGGUUAAAAUUCUGAAAGCAGAGCCAAAUCAACCAAAUGCCUAGAGCAUGUGGGGGGAUUGCAACCCUUCAGUGUACAACUCCCAUCAUCACUUGCCAUGGGACAUUCUGGGUGGGGCUGACAAAGUUUGAAUCAUACAACAUCUGGAGGGUCACAGGUUCCUCACUGCUGGUCUAGAGCAUAGUGGCCCAGUGAACCUCUUUGGGAAGGAUAUUCCAUAAAAUUGUCACCACCACUGAUUAGACCCCUAUGCCUAGUGGAUGCCAAUCGAACCUUCAUUCGUCAAUGGCAUCUAGAGCAAUGCCGCAGAUAUUGAACAGAGCUUAUGUGGAGGCACAUAUGGAAGAAGGUAGUCCUUGAUAGUGCAGUUUCUUAAGCCCUUCAGGGGUUUAAAGUUCAAGAGCAACACCUGAAAUUGAGCUGACUGAAGAUCACAGGCAGCCAAUGCAGAUUACAUAAAAUCUAAGUAUUAUUCCAGUCCCAGUCAAGAACAUUGUGGCAAUGUUUUGCACCUGUUGAAGUUUCUCGAUAAAGUAUUCUCGCUGCUCUGUUUUCGCCAGAAGCGGCUUGGUCAUGCUGGCCACAUGACCCGGAAAAAACUGUCUGCGGACAAACGCAGCAAGACAAACUGCAGACAAACGCAUCCCUCGGCCAGCAAGAUGAGCACCGCAACCCCAGAGUCAUCUGUGACUGGACUUAUCUGUCAGGGGUCCCUUUACCCUUUUAUGAAUCUAGUAAACCAAUGUGACACAACAGGAACCCACUAAUCACCUAUAUAUUAAUCAGAUUCAGAGCAGGAAAAUUAGUGGGCUUUCUGCUUCUUUCUCCUAGGGAGACCCUAGCUGAUGCUUUGCACCGAAUUGUUCAGCUAACUCAAGAUGAUGACUGUGUAAGUAUGGAGUUCUAAAAGGACAAGUUCAAUACCUGUGCAUUAGCAUGCUUUGGUCAAACUCUGAAAUCCUUAAUUAUUUCUGGUAAGUACAUGCUCUCACAACUCAGUGGAGCUUCCUAUUGUCUGCCUAAUUUCCACUUAUUUUAACCUUACCACAUAGGGAUGGACUAUUUGUCCAUAGUCACUAUUGUCCAUUGAAUGGUCUUUGUCAUAGACUUGGCACUGUGUGUUUGUGUGUUCCAUGCCCUCUGCAAACAAGCAACAUGGUUAUUAGCGUCUUGGGGUCUCUGCUACAUUCUUCCCUGAUUUUAUUUCAGUCUGUCGAAUCCCUGUCAGUGGCAGAAUCUCGCCUGAAAUUGGGAACCAGCGUUAUCCUAGAUGGUUUGAGAAGCAGGAGCAGUUGUCUUGUCAUGCUGGAUAUCAGUGGUAAUGCUAUGGGAGACGUGGGUGCCAAAAUACUGGCAAAAGCUUUGUCAGUGAACACAACGCUCAGGUGCGUUCACUUAAUUUCUCUCACUUGCAUAAGUGUGUGUAGGUGGAUAUGUGAAUUGAAGAUGGGGAUGGGGAGAAAUUUGAUUCAGUUCACACUUAAAGGGGAACUUAACUAAUUUUCACUUUUGAAUCAAGAUGCAAACCAAAAUACAAUCAUCCUUUGAAAUUCACACUUUUCUGAAUUUUGCAAUGCAGUUCUCCAGCCAAGUAAUGUGUAAAAAAGUGGAUAUAAUGGGGUAAAGUGUGCACACAAAUGUAUAUAUUAUUGGAAAUCACAUGCAAAAAUGCAUUCUACUAGGAGGAAAUUGCUUUGCAAAAAAUGUGUAUAUUUGGCAAAAUUGUGUGGCAAAAAUGUGUAUAUUAUUAGAAAUAAAUGCUUAAAAUGCUGGUGGAUUUUGAUGAAGAUUUUUUAAAAAUUAGGGAACAUGUGGAAAUGUGAAAAACUUAAUUUAAGAUUGGGAAAAAUGAGUAACAGAAACUGAAACAUUUCCUUAUCCCUAAUUGGAGAGGGAUUAUUGUAAGUCUGUAUAUUGUAGGGGCCAUAGCUCAGUGAAAGAGCACAUGCCAUCCCAGAUGCUAUCCUAGGUUUCUUCAGUUAAAAUGGAUCAAAUAACAGGUGAUGGGAAAAACUCUCUCUGAGACCUUAGAAAGGCUGUGCAAGUCCAAGAAGACCAAAUGUUGCCCACGUGUUAUUUGUCAGCAUGGCCAAUGGCCAGGGAGAAUAGGGAUUAUAUUUCCAGCAACAUCUGGAAACCCAAAGUUGGGAAGGCUGAAUAGGCUGACAAAUAAUCUGGCCAUCUAUAAAGCAGGCUAAAGAGGGCUCGUGCUGCCUGCUUGGGAAUGCAAAAAUGCAUUUUGAGGGAGGCUUGUGUUUUCAAGCACCUGACUUGUCACAGUAUAUACCUUGUGAACUCAAGGGCUUGCUGUGCUCUCCUGAGUGACUGGAAAGUAACAUGCCUCUGUCAAGUCUAGUGUCUCCUGUGCAACUUGGUUCUAUGCUGCAAAGCCAGGGUGCCCAUAGAGUUCAAAGUAUGGCUUCCUUUGGAAGAAGGCCCCUUCCAUGUGCAUGCCUUUCUAGUAGCUGUUCCUUUGCAGGCUGCUCUGGGGAGUCUAGUAAAUUUAGUUCCUAGCAGUUUUGCAGUAUCAAACAAAACCAGUAGUUUAAUACAGUGGGACCUCGGGUUAAGAACUUAAUUCAUUCUGGAGGUCCGUUCUUAACCUGAAACUGUUCUUCACCUGAUGUACCACUUUAGCUAAUGGGGCCUCGCGCGGCUGCCGCACAAUUUAUGUUCUCAUCCUGAAGCAAAGUUCUUAACCCAAGGUACUAUUUCUGGGUUAGCGGUGUCUGUAACCUGAAGCGUCUGUAACCCAAGGUACCACUGUAUUCUAUUCUGAUGGUGAUUAACCAGGUGCCUUUGGAAGCUCAAAUGGACAUGUGAACCUGCCAUACAUUACUGUUUCUAUUCUAGCCCAGUAUUGUCCAUUCCAGCCUAUCCUAGCCUGAUGCCCUCCAGAAAAUUCGGACUACAACUCCCAUCAGCCCCAUGUUGUGCCGACUGGGGCUGAUGCGAGUUGAAGUUGAAAACAUCUGGAGGAGACCAUGUUGGAGAAGGCUGGGCUUCUCUGACAGGAAGUGGCUAUCCAGCAUCUCAGGCAAAGAAGAAUCUUUCCCAUCACUUGCCACCUGAAAUCCUUUAAAUGGAGAUUCCAGGGAUUCAGCUUGUAACAUACUCCAUGUAAAACACAUGCUCGUCCACUGAGCUAUGUUUUCUCCUCAGACAGGAUAGUCAUUUCCUGUGUUUCCCCUCACCAUCUGGUAAUUGAAGAAAUACUGCUUCUGAGACAUUUGGGCUUCAUUUGGCUAUUGCAGCCAUGAGAACUUUUCCCUUUUAGGAAAGUGUCUAAUUCUAUUUUUUAAAGGGGGAACAAGUCUGAGUCAUAACCAUAUGUGUCAUGUGAAGGUAUAGUUCCUUUUGUUUACACUCCUGGGUCUGAGCAGGAGUUGUCAUAGAGUGGGGCUUCUGUUUCUAACUUUCUGCACCCUGCACCCUGCCCCUGCCCCCAACUGGUGCCCUCCAUGUUUUGGAUUACAGAUUCCAUCAGCCCCAGUCAAUAUAUGCUGUAGUCCAAAACAUACAGAGGGCAUCACGUUGGGGAAGGCUGAAAUAAACGCACACGGUUGUAUUUUACAUACUUGGUGGGAACAAAUUAGAUGUUACUAGGGAAACACAGGGUUCCCGGCUGACUCUUCCUUUCAUAAUGUUCAUGUGAGUGUUGGUGGGUGCUAUUUGCAGAGUUAGUUAGAAAGAGGGAAGAUUGAUCCUUCUCCCUCUGGCGAUAAUUCUCCCCUGUAAGUGCAUCCGCUCUGGGUCAUAUUUAAAGGUUCUGCCCUGCUGGGCCCUUAAACUUGAAGUGGAACCAGCUGUAAGGGAAAUAGCUGUGGGGAAGGAAUUUGCAGGGAGUUUCAGCAAGCAUGGAAAGGGUUUCCCUUCUUAAUUUCCAUGUCACUAAAUUUCCUGUUACAUUGGCAAAUAUGGGGCUGAGGCCAUAGGUUUGCUAACAUAAUGUGUGGCUUGGAUCAUGCAAUGCAGCUUUCCCGAGUUCAGAACUUUUUGGAUACCUUGACACAAAGUUUUUUAAAUAAACUUUUGAUUCUUUUUUUAAAAUAAGUUUUAAUUUCUAUUAUGUCUCUGAAAUUUAGAGCUGGGUACACAUGCUUUAAAUAAAAAAGGAAAGCAAAGAUUCUACUUAGAAAUGCUUCUAUUGUCUAUAUAUUGGAGCUUGGUGUGCUUCAACUGAACCGUCUUCGCUUCUCAUCUGCUUUUAGGACGUUAAUUUGGGACAAGAACAACACAACAUUGUGUGGAUUCCUUGAUGUUACUCGUGCCUUGCUAAGGUAGGUACCUCAUUGCUGUGCUCUGUUGAUGCCAUCCUGGAGGCUCUGCAGACAAAUUCUGUUCUUCUUUGGAAUAAGAGAAUCCCAGUCCAAGUGCCAACUCUUUCCCCGUAAAUAACUUUGGCAAUGCCAUUUCAGGACCCAAUAAUGUCAGACAAAACAUCAAGAGUUUAUUCACUCACUCGUCUUCCUAUAUGAUAUAUGCCACCAGUGCUAUUUUUCUAGAAAAAGAGGUGUUGGAACUCUCCAUGAAUUUGUAAUGACAAUAGUGCCCACCUGAGAGGUGCCAGAACUGCAUUCUGGUGAGUUCUGGCUGAAAAAAGCCCCAUAUGCUACCAUUGGUUAGCAUACCCUUCUGCAUUCUACAUAGGACAAGCAGGCCAGUCUUCUCACAAAAUAAUAAAUCAGGCUUCCUCAACCUCGGCCCUCCAGAUGUUUUGAGACUACAUUUCCCAUCAUCCCUGACCACUGGUCCUGCUAGCUAGGGAUCAUGGGAGUUGUAGGCCAAAAACAUCUGGAGGGCUGAGUUUGAGGAAGCCUGUAAUAAAUGAAUGCAAAUCAGACAUCAGAAAUGAUGAUAUUUUAAAAACCAGAGAAAUAACAUUUCAGCUGCUUGGGGUGUUCUGGAAGUGGCCAUUCUCAAAUAAAGGAACUUCAAAGGGAGGCUCCAGUGAGAAACAACUGAAUUAUAUCUUAUGAAGAAGUUCAGAUCACCUGUGACCUGAAUCAAAAUGAACAUAAGAGGAGCACUCCACUGCAAAGUUUUGUUACAGCAUCUACUUGUUACACUUUAAUUGGGAAAUAGCCUGACUACUGUACAUGCACAGUUGUGAAUUGUUUUGGGAGCCCUUAGUAGCCUAGGGACAUCUAAUGAAACAAUGCUUGUUCCUCAGGAAUUUUACUCUAAAAGCUAUGCCCUUGCCCAUAGCUGAUGUGGCCCAGGCUCAUCGAAGCCAUCCAGAGAAAAUGGAGGAAGUUGUGCACAAGGUAAAAAGCAUAGGAAUGGGGGUAUUGAUCUGAAUGGGGGAGCACUCUAGAUCAAUCUUGAAUUAGAACCCAACUGAUUGGUAUGUGCUGAAUGAAUGUUAGCAUGCCGUAUGUGCUCCAGUAUGCUGAUCAUAUGUUACUCAGUGCUGCUGAGUAAAUGCAACUACUUCUUUGGGAGGCCAUAGAAGUGAGGGUCAUGUGAGCCAUGCCUCUUUUGCAUGCUGCAGAUACAGUCUUACCUCGCAAGGAAUCAGAUUCAAGAGACCUUGCCCAAGGAGAGAUGCCGGUUACAGCCAGACAGUACAGCCAGCUCUUCUGCACAGGUGGGAACCCUUGGAUCUUCACCUACCUUCAUAGCCUUACGUCUUGCAUAGUCAGCUCUGAUCACAUUUUAAUAAGAAAACGAAUUUGCACCACCCUGAAACAAUGAACAAAUGGAAAUGCAGCUAGCCUACAAAAUUUGCACUUCUCCAGAUUUUGCAAUGCAAGUAAUGUGCACAAAAAUGCAUAUGUGGGUAGUGUGCAUAAAAAUGCAUAUCUUAAUAAAAAUAAUAUUAGAAAUAUAGCAGGGGAAAUUGCUUGCAAAGAUGUGUACAUUUGGCAAAGCUACAUACAGAAAUGUGCAACUUAGGAGAAAUGCACACUAAAAUGCUGAUAAAAAAUUGUCAGGGUUGUUGUUUUUUUUUAAUUCCAAACUGUUGUGGGGAACUGAACUUAAAAUUGGAAGAAAAUAAGGGAACCUGAAAUAAGGGAAUCUUGCAUGCCAACCCCUUUAAAAAUCAAGUGCUGCAGAAGAGGGCCAAAGGGCAGAAAACAUCUAAAUGGGGCAAGAAUGCUGGCAUCUGCACAUUAGAACAUUAAAGUGCUUCACAUGCAUUGUAUCCUGGUAAACCUUCUGACAAGAAUUAGUGCUGUCACAUUGCAGAUGCAGGGAUUGGUGCUAAGAGAGUUACAGCCAACUCCAGGCUUAAGGGGUAUCUCAUAACUCAAUGAUCCUUCUGUUCCUCUUCCUUGCCAUUGCUGUUGGUUCAUCUGCCCUCUCCCAGUGUACAGGCCAACAAAAGCCAAUAAGGAGGAGCAGCAUCCUCUGCUUGCCUUUUCCUUUCUCCAUGGAGAGUGCUGCAAAUUGGGCCCAGAGGGACAGGACCAGUGAAUGGGCAGCAGCAGCAACCGAUAAGAAGUUGGGGUUUUUCAGGGAGGGACCCUCUGAGGUCACUCUGACCACGGGCCCCCAAAACCUGGAGCCAACACUGACUCAAUUAAAUACAGCUAAGAGAGACUGGAAUUCUAGGGAGUGCUAUACUUUUGUGCUGGUGGUACAGUGGUGCCCCACAUCUUGCUCUCUGUUCUAGGCACUGAAGGAUGCAUCCCAGUCUGUGCAUAAGUGCAUUGAAAUGCUGAGCUCUGUUCAAGAUGUGGAAGUUAAAGCAGACAUCCUGUGGGCAGAGGAGACCAUCAAGGAUGCAAGCCUUUCAAUCAGUGUGAGCUCUCCUUCAUGUGUGUUAAGGGUGCUUUCCAGGCAGGCGCUUAAUCUGCAAACAGAUUGUUCACAACACUUUUUUUAACAUACCAGAUUUUCUCCUAAAAGGGCACAUCCAGAUUAAAUCAGCAGGAGUGAGGGAUGCAGGCUGACAUUUGGAUGCCAGUGAUGUCAUGUGCAUGCUACAAAAACAGCUUACUUGCAUGAGGAGUACUGAUCCCACAAUAAACACCUGUCUGCAAGCCUCCCCUUUGCUACUUUUCUUGUUUUGGAACUCAGUCAUGAACCACUAAGAAUUGAUGAUGAUGAUGAUGAUUAAUUGAAUUUGUUAUCACUUUAUCUUGCCCUGGACAACCGAAAGCAACUUACAGUCAAAAAGAAAGAUACAUUAAAAAAAAAAAAAUCACCUGCCCUCUUCUAAAAAGGCCACAGAUAGUUAAAGGCGAAAGACCUGAUUAUAGAGGGAAGUUUUUUGCUGAGUACUUAAAGAUAUAUAAUGAUUGCUCCAUGUGAGCCUCCCUGGGGAGAACAUUCCACUAAUGGGGAGCCACUGCAAAAAAGGCCCGUUCUUGUAUUGUCACCCUCCGGACCUCUCAUGGAGGGGGCUCAUGAAGAAGGGCCUCAGAUCAUGAUUGUAAGUUAAUUUUUAACCUGGAUGUGUUUUCCUGUGGUAGUGUCACAAACCAAGCAACACUGGCAAAAGUCAGAAUAACAGACAUGACUGAAGAUGCCUUUUAAAUUUUCAUUACAAAUUCAGGAAGAAUGCAUCGUUUUCAUAGGACACAGGUAGGCAACCUGCAGUUUGGGGGCCACACACAGCCCUCAACCUCAUUCUGUGUGGCCUAGACUGACAAAGUCAAUGUCCUCUGGACAGUUUACAAACAUAAAUAAAAUACACAAAUGCAAUAAAACCGAUACCACAAUUUCUUUACAAGUAUAAAAUAUAUAGAAGGUAGCCAUGAACCUCCUCUAGCCCCCUUCGAUAGCAACCUACUGGUGGCAACCUGCCUUCAACAGUGGCCUUUCAGAUAAGCUACUGUGGCAAAGAAGGACUGAAUAGCCAUUCUUGAUGAGAGCCUUUCUCUUCCUGCAGGUUUUGCCUAUUUUGUAUGAGGCAGGAAACCCUGUGCACCAGAACAGCAAGCUUCAGCACAAGCUGGAGAGUCUCAUUGAAGAAGUCUCUCAGACUUGCAGCAGCGACAUCCAGGUAAGUAGGUAGAGUUCCAUAGUCAUCUAGUAGUAGGAGAUGGAAAAUACUUUGGAGAGCUUCUGCCAGUUAGAGUAGACAAUAUUGAGCUUAGAUGGACCAAGUCUGCAGUUUUGCACCACACAACUGUAGCUUUUGGUGUGUGCUACAGAAAUCAGCCUCCUGAGAAAUUCUGCUUCUGUUUUUUAAAAGAGUGUUUUAAUCCAUAUGGUGACAGAAUUAAGUCUGUAAUUGAACUGGAGACAAAGAUGCCAGUCUUUGGUACUAUUGGAAGUUUGACUGCAACUCAGCUUGCAAAACAGGGAUUGCACGGGGUUAAAAUCAAUAGAGAAAGUGACCUCCAGAUUCUCAGACUACCUCUGUACCUUUAACCUCUAUGCUGAUCUUGGGUGUAUCUUCUGACAACAAAAGGCAAGCAUGGCGGCUUAUUUCUUCAACUAGUUAGUUAGCUAGAAUUACAGAACUCUUUCCCAUCAAGAAUGUACUUCAGGCAUAGGCAGCCUUCGGCCCUCCAGAUGUUUUGGCCUACAACUCCCAUGAUCCCUAGCUAACAGGACCAGUGGUCAGGGAUGAUGGGAAUUGUAGUCCAAAACAUCUGGAGGGCCGAAGGUUGCCUAUGCCUGAUGUACUUGCUGGCACAGGUGCAUAAUGGCCACUGCAGGGAGGGCCACAAGAAUGAACACAGGAGACUGGUACUGGGUUGAAUUAGGCCACAACUUUAUUUAUUACAGGAAAGAGUAGAUUUGGCUAAGGCGUUGAGUAUGUAUCCAACCAGCAUCAGGCAGCCCAUCUGCUACCUGGUAGGAACCUGGUGGGGUUGACUUUAUGCUGGGGAGUUUCCCCAGUAUGGAAUGGGUGCCACAACCCUGCACAGGCUGCCAUUGGGCAAGGUGCAUUGGCCCAUCAGCCUCCCUGUGAACUCCUGGACAGAAUCACCUAUUCUGGACCCCUCUGGCAGAGUGCCCUUGUGACAAAGGAUCUAGUCCAAGGCCUUAUCUGCCAAAGUUGUGAUGGUUGCUAUGAGGUAGGUGAAAACUGGCAAUCUGGCCAAUUUGUUUGCAGGAGAAAUUUUCUCCCUGGCCCUGGGUAUGGUGACCAAGUAAACCAUAGCAAGAUCCAUAGGCAACUUGCCCAUUCCCCCACUUGGUGGACCCCUAAGAACUGGGUGGGUGGGUGGAAAAUCCAGCAACACUCGGCCAGGAGGGUGGCCUGCACCUAGCAGCCCCCUUAAAUAGGCCAUGGUUGGACUGGACGCAGCCCCCAAGCCCCUGCCUCUGAUUGGCUUUGCGGGUCCUGCCCACCCUUACCUGAGAAGCUGAUGUGGCCAGAGGUGGGUGGCACCAGGUGGCCAUCCCCUCCACCAAAUGCGCUGGAAGAUGGUGGCCUCCCCAGACCCACUGCGGCCACGCCAUGCGGCAAAGGCCACCUAUCCAGAGCCCCGGGCAAGCAGCUACUGGUAUUUCCUUUUUCUUUUUUUUUAAGAUAUUUAUUAGGAUUUUUUUUUUAAAUAUUACAAUACAAAAUGAAAAAGAAAAAAAAACACUCAGAUUUUCCAUUGCUUAUUUUUCUUUAGCUUGUUUCCCGGACCUCCUCAUACCUCCCUUUUUUGUAUUCCAAUUCAGUUUGUUGGUUCAGCAAAUCCUUACCCUCUUUAUUUAUCCUAUUCUUUGGUCUUAAAAUAGUAACGUUACAUUUUUUCCGUCUUAACAACCCCUUUUUCAUAUUCCCUGAAAGCAUUACAGCUAGAAACCACUUAAUUUCUAUCCAACAUCGUUCUAACAUUCAUUAAUUUUACAAUAUUUCUGUAGAUAAUCUUUGAACUUCUUCCAAUCUUCUUCCACCGACUCUUCUCCCUGGUCUCGGAUUCUGCCAGUCAUUUCUGCCAGUUCCAUAUAGUCCAUCAGCUUCAUCUGCCAUUCUUCCAGAGUGGGUAGAUCAUGUGUCUUCCAAUACUUUGCAAUGAGUAUUCUUGCUGCUGUUGUAGCAUACAUAAAAAAGGUUCUAUCCUUCUUUGGCACCAAUUGACCGACUAUGCCCAGGAGAAAGGCCUCUGGUUUCUUCAAGAAGGUAUAUUUAAAUAUCUUUUUCAGUUCAUUAUAUAUCAUUUCCCAGAAAGCCUUAAUCCUUGGGCACGUCCACCAAAGGUGAAAGAAUGUACCUUCAGUUUCUUUACAUUUCCAACAUUUAUUAUCGGGCAAAUGAUAAAUUUUUGCAAGCUUGACUGGGGUCAUGUACCACCUGUAAAUCAUUUUCAUAAUAUUCUCUCUUAGGGCAUUGCAUGCCGUAAACUUCAUACCUGUGGUCCAUAACUGUUCCCAGUCAGCCAUCAUUAUGUUAUGACCAACAUCUUGUGCCCAUUUAAUCAUAGCAGAUUUCACCGUUUCAUCCUGAGUAUUCCAUUUCAACAGCAAGUUAUACAUCUUUGACAAAAUCUUAGUUUUGGGUUCUACUAGUUCUGUUUCUAAUUUUGAUUUUUCGUCCUGGAAACCAAUUUUCUUGUCCGAAUUAUAUGCCUCCAUUAUCUGAUAAUAAUGAAGCCAAUCUCGCACUUAGUUUUUUAAUUUCUCAAAACUGCAAUUUCAGUCUAUCUCCAUCUUGUUCCAAAAUUUCCCAAUAUUUCGGCCAUUUGGCCUCCAUACUGAGCUUUUUCAGAGCUUUUGCUUCCAUCGGUGACAGCCACCUUGGAGUUUUAUUUUCCAAUAAGUCCUUGUAUCUUAUCCAGACAUUAAACAAUGCUUUCCUGACGAUGUGAUUUUUAAAUGCUUUAUGUGCUUUGACCUUAUCAUACCACAGAUAUGCAUGCCAUCCAAAUACAUUGUUAAAACCUUCUAAAUCCAAAAUGUCAGUGUUUUCAAGAAGCAACCAUUCUUUCAACCAGCAGAAAGCUGCUGAUUCAUAGUAAAGUUUAAAGUCUGGCAGGGCAAAUCCACCUCUUUCCUUUGCAUCUGUUAAUAUUUUAAAUUUUAUUCUAGGCUUCUUGCCCUGCCAGAUAAAUUUAGAAAUAUCUCUCUGCCACCUCUUGAAACAGCCCAUUUUGUCCACAAUUUGCAAUGUUUGAAACAAAAACAACAUUCUAGGCAAUACAUUCAUUUUUACCGCAGCAAUACGGCCCAGCAGUGAAAGCUUCAAAUUUGACCAAAUUUCUAAAUCAUUUUUCACUUCAGCCCAGCAUUUUUCAUAGUUGUCUUUAAGUAAAUUCCCAUUUUUUGCUGUCAUGUUAAUCUCCAAGUAUUUAACUUUCUUAACCAUUGUUAAACCUAUCUCAUUCUGAAACCUCUCUCUCUCCAUUGGUGUUAAAUUUUUCUCUAAAACCUUGGUCUUUAACUUAUUCAACUUAAAUCCUGCAACUUGACCAAAUUCUUGAAUCAGUUCUAAAACUCUUUUGGUACUAGAUUCUGGCUCCUGUAACGUCAAUACUAAGUCAUCUGCAAAUGCUCUCAGUUUGUACUGUUUGGCUCCGACCUGUAUACCUUUAACCAGCCGGUCCCUUCUAAUCAUAUUCAGCAGAACCUCCAGGACCGAUAUAAAAAGCAAUGGGGAAAUUGGGCAACCUUGUCUUGUCCCUUUUUCUAUCCUAAAUUCUUCCGUCACCACAUUGUUUACAAUUAGUUUAGCCUUUUGUUCUGAAUAAAUUGCACUUAUACCGUUUUCAAAACCUUGUCUGGCAUCCCCUGUAGGUUCUUCUUCAUAAAACUCCAAGAGAUAUUGUCAAAAGCUUUCUCCGCGUCCACAAAUAUCAAAACUGCUUUAGUGUUUAUGUUCACUUCUAGUUUUUCCAAAAUAUCAAUUAUAUUCCUCAAAUUGUCAGACAAGUGUCUUCCCGGGAGAAAGCCCGCUUGGUCUUUAUGAAUCUCUUCCAUCAAUACUUUUUUCAAGAUUGGUAUUUCCUCAAUAAGGCUAAGCUUUCUUAUCUUACACUAAGUCUCAGUCUGAAUGCCUUCAAUUAAAAGUGUGUUCCAAGCAAAAAUUCAUUUAACUAAAGCUAACUGCUGCAGCAGCAUAUAAACUCUGUCUGCUAACAGGUACUGUGAACAUACCUUUGCACCUUUUAUGUCCAUCAGAAGAUAUGCAGAUAUGACAAAAUCAAAAUGUUGGACCUCUGGCCUAUAAAUCCGAGAAGAAGUCAAAUAAAGUUUCUCCUGGCAGAUCAGGACAAAGAUAUCACUGCCUUAGUAGCUUCCUUUUUUAGCCACAAUUUUACCAGAAUGGGUUCCCAAUGAACCAUCCUUUUGGGGAAUAGACAGGGUGAAGCAGAAUAUCUAAGUGCACACAAUCACAGUGUGACCUUAUUACCUUCAACAGCUUCACCCUUGUCCUUUUAACUACCCUAGUGACUUGAAAUAUUUUAUACUGUGAUACCAAUAAAGGUAUUUGAUUUGAUUUGCAAAUGUGUGUAAAUGCCUAAUUUCCAUUGUUUAUUAAUAACACCAAAAAUAUUGUAAAUAUACAUAUAAAGCCUUAGACUAGAGGAAGGUGACCUGGAACCUCUUGCAGUGAAUGGCUUCCCCACACAUGCUCCCAAGUAGAAAGUAAUAAAACUUCAGGUUUUGAUGACUCUUCAUGCCACAUUUAUCUCUUGCUUGUACUUUCUUCAUAGACCAUCAUGCAUGCCUCACUGGUUGCCACUCAGAGUUUGUGCCCCAAACUCAUGCAGAAAAAUGACUUUCAGGACCACCUGAUCUCCAGCGUGCCAAAGAAGAUGCUCCUUGACCAGCUUUUGACUGAGAUGUACAGCAGGCUCACGUGGGUGACAGGACUAACCUUUCUCUUCAAGCCACACCAGAGUGCCUGUUUGGGUUGGAAGCAUCUACUCAAUCUUCAGCAUUAAACGCUGAAGUAGAAAGAGAAAGGUUUUGCCUGCUGGCUGUGUUUCUCCUUGAAAUUUCUGCUUCCUGGCAUAUAGCUUUUCAGUAGAGACACAUUUGGGAUAGAUGGGGGCCUCUUUGAACUGUCCUUUUUAUUUUUCAUACAAGUACUGUUCUCCAUCGGCAGCUUAACCUCAUAUCUGUAAGAAUCUUGAGCCUCUUGUCUGGUAUAUGGGUCUGCAGAACUGCUUCCAUGGCUCAGGCAGAAGCCAGCAUCUUAUGUCCUCUACAUGUCACUCUCUGCUAUGCAGAUACAUCUCUCUGACAGCUGUCUAGGCUCCUAGGGCAUAGUCAUACCACAGAGUUAAACUGAUGAAACAGACAUUCCCCUUUCCUAGGGAAUUCUGGGAUUUGUAGUUCUGUGAGGGGGUAGCUUUACAGAGAAUUCUCAGCACCUCACCAGAUAAAAAUCCCCAAGAUGCUUUAAAAAGGUUAUUUUUUGUCCUCUGCUUCUAAAAUUUGUAUAACAUUCCAAUCAACUUUAAUCAAUUUUCACAUUUUUGUGGCAUGCGGUAUAGGACCACAUUCUAGAUGCAUGUCUUCUUUCAUUUUUCAAAGAUAAAAGAAUUUAUAAAAAAUGUUUUCCAGACUUCUUCAUGGAGAAUGUAAGAAGUGUCUUGCUGUGUCACUCCUCACUCACUAACAGAUCCCAAGCAACUGAAAUCUAGGUACAUCCUGUCUCUAAACUUGGAGGCUCCAUUUAACCCUGAUGACUAGUGGCCACUGAUCCAUAUAUAUAUAUUUUCUGAUAGUAUUUUAAAGAUACCUAAGCCUGUGGUCAUAGCCACAUUCCCCAAGAGCACGAUCCAUAUAUCAAUUAUUAUUAUUAUUUAUUAGGUAUCUUACAUGCCCUUUACUCUGAGAUCCCAGGGCAGGGUACAGCAAUGAAAAAAGUACAGUACAGUACAGUUAAAACAAAUUAACCGUUCAGACUACAGGCUACAUCAUAAAAUACACAUACCCCAGGUGUCAGAGUGGGGAGAAAUCUUCUUCUCCCACCCAUUUCUGGACCUUUACCCAACAUCUGAUGGUCAUGGGAGCCUUAGCAGUUACUUUAUCUCACUUCUCAGCCUCCUUAUUUUCCAAAUCCUAACCCAAGUUAUUGGUGCCAAAGUCUUACUACACAGUGGAGUUCUCCUUUGUGCUUUUCUGUGCUAAUUGCCCUGCUUUGUCCCUUUUUUGAUAGGGAGAUCCAGCAGUCAGUCACUGAGGCCAUGGUCAGUGGUAUUGCUGAUAAAAUUUUGGAGGAGUUAGCCACCGUUCAAGGCAAGCUGGUGAGUGCCAGACAGGAUUCCGGUCAAUGUGCAAAGGCAAGACUGGCCCAGAUAGGAGUUCUGUAUGCUGCAAUUCCUUUCCUUGCUUUGCUCUCCUCAGUGUUAAUGUAGGUUUGAAUGUCAUUUUGUCUCUACCUACCUCUCUCUCUCUCUCUCAAACACAGCCCUUUUAUCUGUUUAAAAUAUUAUUCAACUUUUCCACCAAGGAAGCUUGCUAUAUAAAAGGUUGAAAGAAGAACAAACACAUGGUAUAUGUGACCACACUUGUCAAGUUCUGGCUACUGCAUCUCAAAUUCUCAGAUUCUUAAAGAGAUGGAAAAGACAGUUAAAUACAGUGAUUCACUGGAACAAAACCACCAUUUUCCCAUGCCACCUGUCUAGUAUACUGUCUGAGUCACUUUUUGAACCUACUUAAACCAUUUCAGGCAAAACACCUCUCAAAACUAGCCCAGGAGCCACAGGUGACGAAUGCUGCAGACUGGAACACUUUCCAACAGGGGCACAGAAGCCUGUGGGAUGUUGUUGAGAAGGACUUCCAAAAGGAGGAGGUAUGCAUUUUCCAGCCCUCAGUGCAUUCAUUAUUAUGCUAGCAUGAGCCUCACAGUAAUUUCUAAUUGGGAUCAACCUAGUUAUUUAAAUGCUCUGCACACGAUCUGAAAGCCAUCCCUUCACGUUGCAUCUGUGUCUCUCCUGAUUUUACCUAUAUGUCCCAGUGUAGCUGGGGAGUGAAUCCUGCAGUUAUUCUUUCCCCCCAAAACAGCAGUAGGGGAGUGGCCAAAGGUGGCAACAGCAGCAGUAUGUACAUACCUGUUCGAUAACUUGAAAGAUAGCCCUGCUGGGUCAGAGAAAAAACCUGUUUAGUCCAGCAUCCUAUUUCCCAGUGUUGCUGGCCAGAUGCUUCUGGGAAACCCAAAAGAGAGACAUGAAGUCUGAGAGCAAUAGUUUUCUCCCACUGAUGUUCCCCAGCAACUGGUACUUGGAGAGGGCUCUGCAAGCCCAUCAACCCAGACAAAUGUCACUUGUAUCCACCACUGGAAGGGAUAACUGAAUUUAUACCCCAAGCUGCUUAUCUGAGAUGCCUUUGAAAUUUAUGUGCUACUUUACAGUGCUGGGCAUAGUGACAUCUUUGCUGUGAAAAUGCCUUCAUCUGACAAGUCUUUUGAAAGCAGUGGUGGGAAUCACUCCUGAUCUGUUGUAGACAUUUGCAAAAUUACGCAUAGCAGCUUGGUUCGAUAGCCAAAUUGUGUCACUAGACCUUGCUAUGUAUGUUUUCCUUCUGGGAUUUUAGAGAUGUACUCACCACCUUCUGAUAUAGCUGCAAAGCUUCAAGCUUCAAAUUAAUAUUCAUCUCUGCUUUGGGAGACUGCUAUGAGCAUAUCUGCGUCACAGAAUUAAAAUGAUCUAAUAGUCAUUCCCUGUCCCCAGUGAAUCCUGGGAAUUGUAUUUCUUUGAGGGAAGGUGGUGAUCUCAUUUUAGCAGAGAAGUCUUGUCAAAGCACAGUUUUUAGCAAUUUUUGAGAAAAGCCACAGCAAUGAAAGUGGUAUGAAACAGAGAUAAACUUGUAAUAGGUUUGUCAUUUCACUAAUCUUCAUUUAGUAGGUUGAGGCCUAGACCUGUAUCGUGGCCUGAUCUAAGGUGGAUCAUAUCAGCAGCACUACCCUAAUAUAAAUAUACAGUAAAAAGAAGUGGGUUAUCAUCAAAUCCAUUAAAAAAAGUUUAAGAUAUCUCUGAACAGAAGCCAUAGGCCCCCCACAGCAGCCAGGCAUUCUCCCCUUUCUCAAAAGUCCCUGCCUUGUGGUGACACUACUCCAUCAAAUUAGGGUCAAACUACAUGUAAUGUUGUGUAUACUGUGUAAUUAUGUCUGGGUUUUUGAAAAUGUAAUAUUUAGUGUGGAUGGACCCCCCCCCCCAUGAGCACAGGGAGGGGCUUCUGAUUAAAAUCCCCCUCGUGCUGCAGUAGCCUUAGGAAAAAAGCUCUUGAUGCCUACAGAAGCUUCACAUACACACAAGUAACUGGAGUACUGUUGGCAGGUUGGAUUUUCAUCAGGAUCACAGCUGGGGAGGAGCCUGAGAACCUCAACUAGUAUAAGAGAUAUAUCCAAUAAUUCCAUGUUUUAUAGCUUUUCUUUAAAUUUGUAUUCUUUUGAACAUAAAUAAACUCUGGAAAGAAAAGAAAAUCAAGGGUUCCAACAUUUAGCAUUACAUUUGAAAGAGGGGGGAAAGAUCUAGUUGUACACCAUGCAUUUAACACAAUGUACAGUUUGACCCGCUCUGUAUUUUUAUCCUCAAACUCCUUUGUUUGUUUGUUUGUUUGAUUGAUUGAUUGAUUUGUAGGAAUUUCUGUACCGCUCAACAUAUAAAAUACCAUACCUUUUAAGAUUUAAAAUAGACACAAAAUAAAAAACAAGAAAAUGAUAAAGUAUCUUCAGAAGUAUCUAUAACAUGGCUGGGUCACUCUACAGCAGGGGUAGGCAACCUAAGGCCCGGGGGCCAGAUGUGGCCCAAUUGCCUUCUCAAUCCGGCCCGCGGAUGGUCUGGGAAUCUGCAUGUUUUUACAUAAGUAGAAUGUGUCCUUUUAUUUAAAAUGCAUCUCUGGGUUAUUUGUGGGGCAUAGGAAUUUGUUCAUUCCCCCCCCCCAAAAAAAAAUAUAUAGUCCAGCCCACCACAAGGUCUGAGCGACGGUGGACCAGCCCACGGCUGAAAAAGGUUGCUGACCCCUGCUCUACAGAGUAAGCUUGUGUGUGUAAGAAAGUUUUAAGCAAGCAUCUAUCACUGUAUGCACUGUAAGCUCUUCUUAGAUGGCCAGAGGGUAGGAAUUCCACAAAGUAAGUGCAAAGGGCCUAGCUGCAGGGGUUCAUGGAUCAGACCUCAGGAAUAUGUAACAGGGGGGACUUCCGGGGUGGCGCCAUUGGUAAUGGCGGACUCCCUCUGAUCUGGAGGGACCAGCUCCACGGGAAACGGGUCUUUUCCGCUACGGCGAAGCGGGGACCCUUUCAAAAAUCACAGGCGGAUGAAGCCUGUGACCAUGGGACUCGGCGGGCACCUUUAGCGCCCCCCCAACCCGCAAAGGAACCCACUAACGGGCUCCGGAGCGAAGAGGGGGAAGUGGCGCGGUGCUGAGAGUCAAUUGCUUCUUCCGUGGAGCGAAGCCACACAGCCGUUGCCGGAGAGCGCUGCCUUUUUCCUGGGACAAUUUGGCUUUUAAAACAAUCACCCGUGAGUACUUAAAUUUCGGACAAUUGGACUCUAAAUAAGGAUUUGCGAGUAGAAAGGAAAAUUGGACUUAAAAGUUUAUUUCAAUUUGGCACUGAAACGGGAAGGUCUAAACAGGAAGUCAGCCUUCCGUUUCUUUGUAGAUAGAUUAAAGCAAAGACAUGGCAAACUAGAGUUCAGAAAAUCGCUUGUAAAGGAUUAAAUUUCAUCAUUUAAAAUUGUUGAACCCCCUUUGGAAGCAGGAGAAGAGGGGGGAUUUUGUUUUCUGGACUGUUUAAACCUGCAGAAGUGAGUGUAAAGCAAAGUAACUUUCCACCGUCUUGAUCCUGGAGCGGGGUGUCAGGACUGACGUUUUUUGAAGCUCAUUGACCAGAGACAAACGUUUUUGACAGAUAGCUAAAUAAUGUAAGUUUACCACCCCACCUCCUCUUCCCCCCCUCCCUUUCUCUUUUCCCCCAGCCUGUACAACAGUGUCUCACACUGAAUGUAACUGGUCAGUAGAAACGAUUCUAUGACCUGAAAAGAGACAAUGCGUGUACUUUUGUAAACCAAGAAAAUCCUUAAUAAAAAAAUAUUUUAAAAGCAGGCUACAGUGACAGGGCAGGUACAUAGCGAAUAAGACUGUCACUCAAAUAGGCUGUUUCUAAGUUGUUUGGGAUUUUAUAUACCAUCAGGAAGACCUUAAACCUGGCCUGGUAGCAUACUGGCAGCCAGUGCAACAGUACAGUUGGUUUUUAAAGUAUCGUUUCCUCUCUUCACAGUACAAGAUGGCUGCCCAAUGGAAGCACAGCUGUUCCACAAGCAUUCUCCCAACUCUUGGACUAAAUGGUAAAGCUUAUUAUAUGUGUUGGUAUGAAUGAGCGCCUUUUCUAAAAUCCACUUAGCUGGGAAACAAUUUAGGUGAAUGCCAAAGGGUUUUAUUUUUUGUAAGUAUUUAUGUGACAAGCAUGAGUUUGAAAACACAUACAAUCAUAUAUGGACACUCAAUGGAGAGUUGAGAGUGGCUUUGGCCCCUGUUUGGUACACAAUUGGUGGCAACCUUUGUGUGAAAUGCCCCAAAUGCAUAAUGACCUAAAUCUCAGAGAUGAUUAGGCAGUAACUCUAACUCCACUAAGAUGGAAGUAAGCCCCCAUGAAUACAAUAGGCCUUCCUUCUGUGUCUAGGAUUGCAGCACUAAAAACUCAUUGAAAUUAAUGGAUAUACAUUAGGCACAACAAACUCGUCCUGUUGAUUUCAUUGGGGCUUUAGCAUGACCAAGUACGUCUUGAUUUUGGCCCAAGUGACUUACCGUAAUUCCUGUAUACUUCAGUUUCAGGGCAAGUUUAUACAUUGGCAUGUCUCCAUGGAAGAUUGCUUUCCUAUCACCAGAGCCAGACUUACCAUUAGGCAAAGUGGGGCAGCAACCUCCAGUGGGGCUGGGGAGUAGGCAGCAAAGUACUGAAGGAAUGGUGGUGAGAUAUUGGAUGGCAGAGCUGUGUGUGCGCCACAUAGCCUGUGCUCCCUCACUCCCAUCUCUGAGCUACCCUGCUGCCCUUGGUUACAGUGGAGGACGAUGUCUGGUCAUUCUUGUGGAAGCUAGAUUUGACUGCCACUCCAGUUGGCUUCCAUCCAUGUCAUGGGAAACACCAUCUUGUCCUUUGCCUCAAGCAGCAAAAUGUCUUAGAGUGGCUCUGCCUGUCACAACUUUAUACUCUGGUUGUAGCAUUGCACAACCCAGCCUAAAAUGGUUGAUCUUUGUACAGGAGUGGUUCCCACUUCUUAUGUUUGGAAUAAAUGAUGCAAAGUCACCAGCACUCUUAAAUUUUAGAUGGCCAGAAUCCCCUAUCUCUCCUUGAGAUGUAUAGGUCUUGCAUGUGCUUUCCUUCUCCUCCUUCAGCCAGUCUAGGAAGGCAGGGAGAAUGAAGAGACAAUGGCAAAUUGGUAGAUUCCAUACUUUGCAUUUUUCUAUUGUGAACUGCUCUGGGAUCUUUGGAUGAAGGGUGGUGUACAUUUUUUAAUAAUAAUAAUAAUAAUAAUAAUAAUAAUAAUAAUAAUAAUGCCACCACCAGGUUCAAUUCCUGGCAUCUCCGGUUUAAAAACCUAUUGCAAAAGACCAGUCUGAAGCCCUGGAGAGCCAUUGCCAGUUACAGUAGACAAUUCUAGGCUAGAUGGACAAAUAGUCAAACCUGGGUAGGUAUAAGGCAGCUUGCUAAGGCCCUACAGGUGUGGGUGGCAGCAAGGCAAAUGUAGUCUGGUGACUGUCGCAGAGGGGGCAGCAAGAAGGACGACAGGAGAAAUGUGGAUUUCAUCAUGUGUCCAGUUGCUGGAUAGCAGCAGCAGUAAUGGGUAAGUGGGGGAGCAGGAAUAUGGGACAACACAGAAGCUUGGAAAUACAGUGGUACCUCGGAUUACAUACGCUUCAGGUUACAUACGCUUCAGGUUACAGACUCCGCUAACCCAGAAAUAGUGCUUCAGGUUAAGAACUUUGCUUCAGGAUAAGAACAGAAAUCGUGCUUUGGCGGCGCGGCGGCAGCAGGAGGCCCCAUUAGCUAAAGUGGUGCUUCAGGUUAAGAACAGUUUCAGGUUAAGUACAGACCUCCGGAACGAAUUAAGUACUUAACCCGAGAUGCCACUGUACUGGGGUUGUCUCCUUUUCACAUGCGAGUGGGUGGCUGGCUGGCUUCAGGAAGUCACAGCACAGUUGGCUUAGGUUGUUUGCAAAGGGGACUUUGGUAACCUCUGAAAAGUGGGAAUCCUUGCUUCACUCAAAAUGAAAAGAAAAGGGGAGAUGAGACACGACCUGGCUUUGUACAGAACCACCCACUCCUAUUUGUCUUUGGAAAAGAAAAUAAAUCUGUAGCUGCUCCAGCUUCUAUUCCUCAAAGCGUGAGCUAGCCAGGAAAUCAGUCUCAGCCAGGGGAUGCACUAGCUGCUCCUCCUCAUCCUUCCUGAGGCAAGGCAGGCUUUUCCCAUUGGUGCACAAAGCCCCGAGUCCAUUAGCAGUAGCCAAGUCUGCCUUGUCAGUUUAGUCGCCUGAUAUGUAACAAAUCUGCCUGUGUGACAGGAGACGUUGCUGUGCUGCAUAGUGGCAGCCUGCUGUCCGCCUGGCAACUCCAAGGAUUCCUCCCCCUCCCCCCUCCCCCCACCUCCUCCGACUUCUCUCUUUCAGGUCUAUCGGAACUCGAUUUUAAGGUAGAGGCAGAAGAUAACAAGAUUGGGGCUCCCCAGGCUGAGCUGUCACUCAGCCGUGCCUCCGUGAAGUCACGCCCUGCCUCCACAAAGGAUGCUGAAGCUGGGAGCAGGCUGCUUCCUUGCACAGAGCCUGCAUCCGCACAAUCCCUUAUGGACCUGCCGACUGCAGGAGAGAAAUUGGAGCAUUAUACUCGAGACAGGCCCAGGCCCAACCGCAGGAACAGGCAGCCCCCCAGCAAGCCAAAUGUAAGACUCCUCUUGCUUUUUUAAAUCUCCAAUUGCUUUUGCAGAUGCACAAGGGGUGUGUGUGUGUGUGUGUGUGUGUGUGUGUGUGUGUGGAGAGAGAGAGGAAGAGAGAGAGAGAGAGAGAUGGGCAAAUGCCUUACGGGUGUUUAUUGCAGCCCUGGAAGAUGAAAUGAGUAGAACAGCAGCUGUUUGAUUAUGCGCUUGUCAGCUGGGCACUGGCCACUGCUGCGUAGAGGACAAGGUUGUUUAUAUAUGAAUAUAUGCAGCAUUUGGGGGUCUGGAAGCAGAUCUUGGCUGCUUGUGUUUAUUUCUUGGGUUUUGCAAGGUAGGGGAAAUUGUAGCACUGCCCACUCUAGGAAAAACUGCAAUCUGGAUUCUGUGGCAACCAUCUGCAUGCACUCACUCACUUUUGAGUGCUAUGUUUAUUCAAACAUUUAUGGAAGAACAAACUUAUACUGCUGCAUGGACAAUCUACUGUCUCUUUCUGGAAAAAUGUGGAUUAUUUUUGGAACUGUUAGCAUGGAUUAUGCCACUAGAUCCUUAGAAUAUAUAAACAGCUAAGUAAGGCCUUUGCUCUUUGAACAUUUUGGGCAUUGACCUGGUAUGUUUUCCCAGGUGAAGGAGAAUAAGGGAAGGGAAGGCUUGUACCACGAGAUGUCUUUUUAGCAGAAAAUGGUCCAUUUAUAGAAUUAUAAAUUAACCCUUUGACUACAGCUGAGAGUAAAAACAAAAAACAAAAACUUUGUGGUGCAGCCCAAGCUAUAUAUAUUAGAGAACUAGAAAUCUGUGUUUAACAGAGGGGGGUGUGAGAGAGAAAGAGAAAUACAUUCUUUGAGUGAUAUGUGAAUCCAGAUUAUGAAUAUAGCAAUGCAAGUGAUGCCUCGGAAGAUGUAAGAUGGAGAGUGGAGUUUGGCGUCCCUGCAAAGGUAACACAUGUUUCUUCAUCGCUUGUUGCCUUGAGGCACUGGGGCUGAGGGCUGUUUCCCACCACUACUUUUUUUUUUUAGGGUGAAGCAUACCCAAAGUGUGUUUGUGUAUGGUUACCACAUACUUGGAAAAGUUCAAAAUGUGGGUUGAACCAAGCGGUGAUGAAUAGUGAAUUGUGAACUCGCUGUCUGAUAAUUAGUAUUUAUUCAAUUGGACACCCACAAGAAAUUGCAGGAGGAGGGUGAAGGCAGUAGUGCAGUCAUUUAAUUAAACCCUGGACUUAAAUGUGGGCCUUCCUUUUUAGAUUAAAAUUUGUAUUACUUCACUUGCUUCAAAAUGUGGUAAGUUAGCCCUGCUGCAUUUACAGGUCCCUCUGUUCACUUUGGCAAGUGAGACCCUGCAUGAUAUUAUUACAUUUAUAACUUACCUUUCCUCCAAGGAGCCCAGGGAAGUGCAUGUAGUUCUCCUCCAUGAUUUAUACUCACAACAACCCUGUGAGGUAGGUUAGACUGAGAGUUGGUGAUUGGCCCAGUGUCAUGCUUUAUGGCUAAGUGGGGAUUUAAACCCUGGUCUCUCGGGUCUUGGUCUGACAUGCUAACUAAUACACAAUACUUUCUUGUUUCAUUGCAAUGAAUUGACUCCCAUGAUCAUUUCAGUGCCUCAAGGCCACAGGUUUCUUCCAUCCCAGAAGUGAUGGGAGAAAUGGGUUCAGUAAAAGCACACCAAAGAGCCUCUGCUAUUUUAACUACUCUCAUAACAGUACUUUCUGCAAGAAUAGAGAAGGGACCCUUUCCUGCCUGCCUCCUGCUCCCUGAUUUAGCCACCCUGGAUAUUCUCAUUGAAUACUAAAACUGCUUCUCAUACAUUAACCUAGACAUGCUUGCAAUAGUCCUGUAAGGCAGACCCAUGGUAUUAAUAUUAAUCCCCACAUUGUUUGAAGAUGGCAUUGGGUUGCAUGAAGCUGAGAACUUGUGACUUGUCUAAGUCAAUCCAAUGGAUUUGCAUGGCUAAGAUUGGAACCAAAGAUGUUUUGGCAUAUAGCUUUUGCUACUCUAUAAUGCUACUGUUAUAUAACAAAGAUGUGUUUGUACAUUCACACAAAUGUAUGAGAUGCCUGACCACUUAUCUUGGUGCUGCGGACAACAUUUCCUACAUCUGACUAGAAACUUCUUUUAAAUCAGGCUCUCACCCCCAGACUAUGCUGAAGGAGUGGGGGGAGUUUAGCUAUUUAUUGCCUAUGGUCUCUUACUCCCAAUACUGGAAGCAACAACUGAGACUUGAACCCAGGACCAUUCAGUUAAGUUGAGAUGGCACCAUAAUUUCAGGACUGAUCAAAGAAAGUACACUUCAUAAAACACAAGCUUAAUGUAUGGAAUUUGUGACCCCAGGAGAUGCUGAAUGGCAUCUAGCACAGAUGUCUUUAAAAAAGUUUGGUCAAAUUAAUGGAGGAUAGAUCUAUGAAAAAUUAUUCAUCCUAGCAGCUCAAUGGGACCUCCAUAUUUUAGAGGCAUCAUAUCCAGUGUUAACAACAGAUUUGGGGUGGGCAAGAAGUCCUCAGGGCUUCUUCCAUUGCCAUUAUCACUGUUUCAGAUUCACUUGGUGUUCUCCCUCUGGCCUAAAUUCAUACCACUCCCCCACCCCCAAAAAGGGCAAGACAAAUGGAGGCUGCCGCUGUUUCUCAUGUUGGAAUCUCUGAUGUUGGAAUCAGAGAGGUGGAAGGGACCUUAAAAGUAAUCUGGUCCAACCCCUUGCCAUUGCAGUCUGUCCUCUACUUCAAUGUCUUGUUACUGCUUGCAUGCUUGGAGGGGGUUAGGUAAACAGACAACAGCAACAAGGAGAAGGAGUGAGAGCAGAGUGCUCUGGAAGUUAGCACUGGUCUUCCUGCUGGGUUGUGGGCUUUGGCUGUUGCUCAGUGAUGCCAGCCCUGGGUAUACCUAAUGACUCUGAGAUGCUGGGAGCAAGCAACAGGGGAUGACUUAAUUCUAUAGGGCUUCUCAAGGGCACUGGAAAUGCUAGACUACAUGGACCCUUUAUUUGAGCCAUCAUAGGCAUUCCUGAUGUUCUUUGUCUUGAUGCCUUUUGAAACAGGACCAUGUACCUCUAAGUAUGAAUGGGCGAAGCUGAAUAUUUUGAGUUUCCUCCAUUUCUUAAUCUUUUCAGUUCUUCACAUUUGUACAUCAGUUCAUAAUAUCUAUUUUUUAGAGUUCUCAUGAAAAUUCAUUUUAGUAUAAAUUUACUUUAAUAUAAACAAUUGUAUGCAGGUUUCCCUAAUAUACAUAUUUUUCCAAAUCAAAAUACCGUACACAAUUAAACUAUGGAACUCGCUCCCAUAGGAGGCAGUGAUGGCCACCAACUUGGAUGGCUUGAAAAAAGGAUUGGACAAAGUCAUGGAGGAUGAGGCUAUCAAUGGCUGCUAGCCAGAAUGGCGAGGCUCUGCCUCCGUGGUUGGAGGCAGCAAUGCUUCUGAAUACCAGUUGCUGAAAACUGCAGGUGGGGAGAGUGCUCUCGCACUUAGAUGCUGCUUGCAGGUUUCCCACUGGAAUUUGGUUAGCCACUCUAAGAACAGGAUGCUGGUUUAGAUGGACCUGUGGCCUGAUCCUGCAGGGCUGUUUUAUGUUUUUAAUUUUCUGUAAUACAGUACAUUUUGUAUGUUAUUUUCACUAAGAUGUGCAUUUUAAUGCAGGCUGUAUUCUAGUAUACGUAUUUUUACACACAUUACUUGGCUGGAGAACUGCACUGCAAAGUUCAAAGAAGUGUAAAUUUUGAAGGAUGGUUGUGUUUUGGGUCAAAUGUUGUUUAAGAAAGUGCAGAUUAGGUAGAUUCAUCUUUGAAUGCAAAGUGAAUCAAAUUUCUCCUCCAUCCCUACUUCUGAGAAACCAAAAACUCUCAGGCAUGUUUGCAUCAUUACAUGUUUAUAUUUCCAUGUGUGCCCAUAUAACCCAAAUCAUUCCAGAUAUGUAGAUAUAUGCAUAUUAAUUAGUGAGAGUGCAGGCAGGAGAGUGAAUGACACCUAUAGGUUGCCCCAAUUGCUUACAUCUCACCUAUGGGUUGUGCGGGGCAAAUUUGUCCCAUAAAAAUGUAUUGGGCAGCCACUGCUGGAAACGACUAUUUCCUAUGAGUGGAAGCACUGUGAGAUGUGUGGUGGAAAUGUGACCUACUGGAUUUAGGCCUUUGAGAUCAUUGGACAGGAGUGGGGAACCACUUUUGCACAGAGGGACAGAUUCAAAAGUGGCCAACCUUUUUAGGCUACAUUGACAGGUGGGUGGCGGCUCUGCUCACCUGUCAGUUACCGGUACCUUUGAUAAUGCCCUCAAAGGCUCCUGACUGUUUCUUUUCAGCUGCAGCUUUACCUGUGUGAUGCAUGAUGUCAUAUGACAUCAGAUGAGUGGUAGGUGAGCCUAGCCCAGCAAAUAAGUUGUGGUGGCCAAAUUUGGCCUGGUGGACCUAAUUAGGCCCAGAGACUGCAGAAUUCCCGCCACUACAGUACUGUUUUUUUUACUAGUUUGAAUCCGUUGAAUCCCUGCCAUUUAAAAGACAUGGGGAACAGCAUAACUCAGGCAUAGGCAAACUCGGCCCUCCAGAUGUUUUUAGACUACAAUUCCCAUCAUCCCUGACCACUGGUCCUGUUAGCUAAGGAUGAUGGGAGUUGUAGUCUAAAAACAUCUGGAGGGCCGAGUUUGCCUAUGCCUGGCAUAACUAUUUGGUAUAGAAGUCACUGACAUUGCUUCAGGAAGGCCUGAAAUAAUCAGAUAUUCUUCCCUGGCUGCCCUUCGCUUGAUUUCCCCCUUCUUUUGUUGAAGGGUUAUACAGAGAUCCCAAGACUGCUGUAUUAUUUUUUUGUUAAGCCCAGCAAAUGUACUGCAAUUAAGGUUUCCAAGGUUCUUUGUGGAGACAUUUCCUCCAAACCAGGUUGUUUACAUUUUGGAUAUGCCUUCUAUAUGCAAUAAUCAGUAGAAACACUCAUAUCAUUUGGACCACUAGAAACAAAAGGGCUAGGUUGUGCUCAAGUGAGAGGAGCAAGUGUCAGAAAGGAUGUGGUGAUGAGAGACCACCCACCAAAACAUCACUACACAUGUGACGAACUAAAGCACAAAAAUGUACUAACAAGCUUCCACAGCAGCAGCAGUGGCUGCUGAUGUGAAACAGGUUGUUUUUACUUAUCAGCAGUAAGGAUUAAAUGUGUAAAAAGGAAAAGUACAGACUAGUAUUUUAUAAUGAUGUUGUGUGCAUGCUGUGUAAAUUUGGGUGCAUGAGUAGCACCGAUUCCACAAUAAAUUCCCAUCUGGAAACAUCCAAGCAUAAUAGUUAACAGGAGUCCUGCAAUUUCAGAUAGUUCUUAAGCUUGUUAAAUCUGCCACAAAAACUCACCAGUGCAGACAGUGUUCACUUGCAUAUGUUAAUUUCCUAAAAUGUGUGCCAGAUUAAAACAGCCCAGCAUUAAAAUGGAAUUUUAAAAUGAACUAUCUUGGAAUCCAAGAAGCCCUUUUAGGCUAGCCAGUCAGAAGACAACCUCAAUGUAGACCAGAGUGUGUUGUGUGAUUUCAGGGAGGCUCAAAUUGGCUUUAAAUUUUGGAAAACAGCCAAAGCCUGUGUUUGCUUUCCUCCCUUAAAAAAACCAUAAAAAUAUGUGUUCCCAGGGCCACAAAAAAAUUCCCCAGCCUCCUCUGCAGAUACAUGUUGGGGUGCCAAAUGAUUUGGAGUUCUGCACCCUGGUGUUUCUGCCAGUACUGAUGCAAAGGUAGGCCCACACAGUUGCAUUUAUACAUGUGUGUGUACACACACACACACACACACACACACACACACGAGCAUUCUUUAGCUGUGAUUCCUGCAUUGCAGGGGUUGGAGUAGAUGACCCUUGGAGUCCCUUCCAGCUCUACAAUUCUAUUAUCCACUGAAGUACAGCUCUUACUUUCUAACAGGAGUGUUUGUCUAUUUUCAUGUUCUCUCUUGAUGUAUUCUGAAGUAGUCAGUAUUGAAGUCCUUGUGCUUUUCAGUUUACAAUGGAUCAGAUGUGCCUAAUCAGGGAACAUGACCACUAUUCUCUUUUUGUAUAAUGAGAGAACAACCUCUGUACAGAGAAUUUUAAAGGGUUCUAUUUCAAAGAAGGAAGAUGGAUGCAAUCUCCAUGCUGAAGAUAUAGAUAUAUUUAUCUUCAGUUUUAUUGCACCCAUUCCCAUAAAUAACAACAACACAGGAGGGACUCUCUGCUUUGCUAGGACCCUCCUUAUUCUUUAGUUUAAUUACUGUAAUGCUUAACCCAACCUUAUGUCUUGUGUUGUGUGCCAAGCUGUGGGUUGCUUAGCUAGCACUGUAACUAUCUUUCCAGGAGUAGACACAGGGAAGCAUAGGAUGGCUUCAGCUACUGUGUAGUGGUGGUAUCAUGUGAUCUACUUGUGUCUUUCACUCCCCACUUUCCUUGGCUUAUUAUCUGCAUGUCCCCCCCCCCCCAAACACUGGUUAGGCCACUGUCCAUGAAAAGCUGGUGCUAAUUGCAAGUCUUUGUACUUCCCUGUUUAGGGAAGUUUUUAAUGUUUGAUAUUUUAUCGCUUUUUAUUCUGUUGGUUACAAUUGUUCAAAUUAUUAUUAUUAUUAUUAUUAUUAUUAUUAUUACUACUACUACUACUAUUAAUGCACAUAUACAGGCCUCCUCAUUUAUCACUUGCUACGUAGCUUCCAUUACUUGCCCUGAUGUUACAGUACUUAGAAAUAAUUACCGUAACUUCCUUUAUUGUGAACACUUCAAAAUCUGUCCCACACUCCAGGGUUGCUUCUCUUGAAGGGGGUGUGGCUUGCAGACUUGUGAAUAUAAGAGGGAGGCAAAUGUUCUAGGAUAACUUGAGACUCCUGUACUGCCACCAGGGGAGACCUCCUGCUAGGUGCAUUCCCAAAACCAAGUGUAGGAUCAACAGUUACUGUCAUUAACUGGAUCCAUCAUUGUGUGUGGAGUCUUGGAGAGAGUGCUUUCCUCACAUGAACGUAUCCUGCUUGGAUUCUACUCUAUAUCCUAAAGGUGUGUAAGGAAGAAGAUUUUCUGAUUUUUUGAGCAUACACCAUGUUCUAAAUCAGAGCCUUCUUAGCUAAAGGGUUCAUGCAGCAAGGAAGCUAAAGCAGAAUUUGGGAGUAGAUUGUAUUUUCAUGUCCAAUAGGAGUUGCUUCCUUUGGCCUGAUUCUAGAUGAUUAAAUAAGAACACUAAAUGCUUAAAUAAAAGCAUGGGCUGGAGAAUUAACCAAGUUUCUAAAAUGCCUUCAUACUUCUCAGAUUUCAGUUUAUACCGUUUCAAUAGCAUAUUCUGCAACCCUACUGUGGCACAUAUAAUCUGCAGUUUUAAAGUGUGAGGAUUGGAUUACAUUUAGGGUAUGUUGUAUUAUUUCUUUUGUAGCUCCAUAAUCCAAUCUGUAAGAGAGAGGUUGCUUCCAGGGUUGCUGAAAGGUUGAGAACACUGGUCAAAUUUACAGAAAGCUGAUUUGAUGUUUGGAAAUAGUAAUGGCAAGAUAAUAAAAAAGUGGUGGUGCCUGCACUGUUCUGGGCAAAACUAAAAAUGUAUAUGGAUUUCUAUGUCAUACACUAUGGUCACUUUUAGAGACCUGUCUUCUUUAUGUCUAUUUCCAUCUUCUACAGGAAAGUCCCUCUAAUAAUAAUGAAGCAUAAAUUCAGUUGCAACUAAUUUGUUUUAUUGAUUUCAGUGGGACUUGAGUGGGACUAACAUUCUCUAAAUUUGGGCUCAUGUAUUUAGUCCUGGGGAUUAGUUAUGUGUUUCCAUAUAGAUGUACAUGGAGUCCAUUUUGCCACAAGUGGCUUUUUAAUGAGUUGUUUUGUUUUUGUAAUGGUUUAUGGUUGAAACAAACUUUUAUUUAUUUACUGUAGAGACCCACCACCUUUUGUUCAGUAACUAUCUGCUGGUCCCACGCCUUGACCAAACACAUGAGCUUUACAUUGUGCUUCCAAAACUGUUCCCAGCACUACCAACAAAUUGGAAAAGUACCUGGAAAGCUUCCACAGUCCAGCCCCCUCAUUUCGAAACCAUUCCAUCUGCUGUGAAUAUGGGUUGUGUGAAUCUCUAUGUAGCUUAAUGAGGCUGAUUGUUAAAGUCUGUGCACAGUACAUAACUCAACCCUUACAUUGUUAACUGUGCUGCUGCUGCAGUCAUUUCCAGGAGUUUUGCAAUGCUAUAAUAAAUGUGUCUAGAGCAGGGGUCAGCAACCUUUUUCAGCCAUGGGCUCGUCCACCAUCCCUCAGACCAUGUGGUGGGCUGGACUAUAUUUUUUUCGGGGGGGGGGGUGAACAAAUUCCUAUGCCCCACAAAUAACCCAGAGAUGCAUUUUAAAUAAAAGCACACAUUCUACUCAUGUAAAAACACACUGAUUCCCGGACCAUCCGUGGGCCGGAUUGAGAAGGCGAUUGGGCCGCAUCCAGCCCCUGGGCCUUAGGUUGCCUAAGAAAGUUGGGACCUGUCAUGCUAAGGCAGCAUUAAAAUAUCCUUCUUAUAUAGUUUUUCUAUAUUUUACUAAUGUCUAAAAACAAGAUUUACUGGUAUAGCUGGAACAAAAUUAUAUUGAAGGCUGUUAAUCAGAACUGGAUGAAGAGGUGGUGAGGUUCAAUAUUAUUGGUUAAGAAAAAGAAUGCCAUCUUGCCUAAUAAAGGUCAUGUGAGGCAUGCCUCCUACUGGCACACCAGCCCUUAUCAUCCUUUCUGUUUUUUUCUGUUUCUUCUGAAAGAAAACUGGAUUCUCCUCUGAUUAGAAUCCUGCGCUUGGUGCUUGCCAUCAUUUUUUUCUCCAAAUGUAAAGUAUACAAUAAGCUGUUCUUCUAUUAAACGUGUUUUGAAAACAAUUCUGUUUUCCUUUUUUACAUUCAGUCUAGAAAUUCAUUCUGACAACAUGCAUUAAGUUUGGCCCUUACUGCUGGUGUACACAACAAUCAUGGUCUAGAAAGUUAGAGCAGUGUUGGACCUAAGAUGCAAGGACCCUGCUCUAGCACAGAAAGCGAGGCAGUUUAGUGGCUUCCCACCAUGCUCACACCCAUUUGGCUUUCUAGGCCUCUUGGUAACCUGUGAUGAUGGAAAGAGGGGCAGUUUAGGGGUUACCAAGAAUUAUGAUCUGUCUCUACUUUGUCCACUGUGUUGCAAGAUUUCCAUGUUUGGAAGGUGAAUCAUGAUCAAGACUGCAAAUUGGCCUUUCUUAGAAGGUCAGCCAGACAGCACGGUGCCCAAAGCAGGGAGCAAAAUUUUUGUUUUCUGAUGAGUUUGCCAUGGCUGAGUCAUGCCUGCUUAUGAGCUGAAAGUGACUGUAAAUCCAAGUGUUAAAUACCUGAGCAACAGGCUUUUCUGUAGAGAAGCCAAAUCCUAAAGAAAGAUAUCAGAGAAUAUCCAGGAGGCAAGAACCUCACAAGCAAGAAAGAGUGCAUCCUCACUGCAUGUAUUUGUUGUGUAACAUAGUACAAGUACUAACAACAGUGCUAGGAUUUGUGUGCCCUCAUCAUAUUUGUGUAAUGUGAUAUGAUGUGAAGUUUCAGUUAAGAGUUUUCUAGACCCAAACAGUAUUUGCUGCUUGAAUAGCUGGCCAGACAAAAUAGCUGAUUUCUACCCUCUGAGUCUGCAGUGUAAACAAGGAGAACAGAGAAAAGAGCCUGUAUGGUGGUGGAUUAUUUUUCAAUUCCAUACUCCCAUUUCUUAUUUCUCCUGCCUGUCACUCUGACUGUGGCACUUUCUCCUAGGUGCAGCCUCCUGUGCGUGAGAAUGAUGAAGACAGAAGCAUCGCUAGGCUGGAUGAAGGGCUAGAUGAGUUUUUCACAAAGAAGGUGAUUCAUGAGCAUUUACAGUAAGUGAAGAGUUUUCCUCAGCCCAGUCGUUACCAGUGAACAAUAACUAGGUGGUGGGGCAUUUCUGCACCAUGGGGUAGAAAUCAGGGAGCCAGCCCAUGAUAUAGGCAAAUAUUAUGACAAUGAUAAAAGUUUAAUGAGAUUUGUUAACAAUUUUCACAGCAGGCAGAACUAUUGGACAAAUUUUGCAUGAAGAAUUGGAUUGUUUCGCAUGAUGAAUACAUUCAGUGCUGAAAUGGAGCACAAGUGCUGUUUCCUAACAUGGAGUGGCAAUGCUAUCUAAUGCUAUUUAAGGAGCCAAUGCUUUCCCAAGCAGAGUAGCUUCCACUGGCACUAUUGUAUUGGCAGUUAACUUCCUGUGGUUCUCUGUUUUGAUGUUGGGGAGCAUUCAAAACUGCUAUCUUCAACCUGUGCAGACAAGGCAUUUGUCAUUUUCUGUCACAGAGUGGGUAAUUCUGCUGGCACCUGACUGGUUCUUCCUUCAUUUAAUACACUGAGUUCAUUGUGGGCAUAUCUGUACCAAAGGUGCCCUAUUCACAAAAAUUCACUAGGAUUCCAAGAUGUCAAUAUGACUGCAACUCCUCAAGUAAUUCUAUUAUUAUUUCUUGUCUGGUUGCAGGCCUGCCUCAUUGGAAUCCUGCCUGGCAGCAGCCACGCCAACAACACCAUCUGGUUCUCGGACCUUGAAAAAGAAAAUUGGACACUUCUUUGCCUUCAAGAAGCCGAAGUCAAGCCGGGGUUCCAGGCCAGAGAAAGAGCCCGAGGGUAGUCCCUCAGCAACCAGGGGCAGGAAGCUGAUGCUUAGUGACAUUUUAAGGGCCCCCAGCAAAGCCAGCGAGCCAACUAAAGCACUAAGCAAGUCUGAGGAAGGAGGGCUGGCUUUGGAGAGCAGAGGUUACCUGGAGCAAAGCCAAACUCCAGACAGUGCUCGAAGGGCCAGGCCAAAAUACUCCAGGGAGGGGAAGUCCCAGUCCCUGAUUCUUCUGUCAGGCGAAGAUGAAGAGGGUCUUGGUGUGAGACAUGAGAAGGUAAGUCUUUUCUGUCUCAUGUGUGGCUCAGUAUUUGUUUGUUUGUUUGUUUUAUCUUAUUUCCACCAUGGAACUCAAGGUGGCAUACAUGGAAUUCCCAGUCUCUUAUACACUGACCAGACCCAGACCUCCUUAGUUUCAGCAAGACUGUUCCAUUACGUGUCUAUGGGACAUUUCAUGUGAUGAAUCUGGUCUUUUAAAGUCAAGAACAUGAACAUUCAGUUUAGCCCUAAGAUGGAAGAUGGCGAGUCCUAUGAUAGAGAUGACUGGUCGUGCCGCUAGGGAGAAGAAAAAACAGGUUUAUCCCUAACAAAGCUAGGCAUAAGCUGCAGUUUUCUGUGGUGGUUUUCACAGACCAACUGUCAAGAUAUCUUCAGAGAACACAUGCUUCCAGUUGUGUUCAUGUGUCAAGAAAGGGAAGCAUCCUGUAGUUGUUGACUACUUCGUAGUGAGGGGGAUGUUAUACAGGGGGAUGUUGUCUAUUUUAUCUCACCUGCCUGCUCAAACCCAGUGAGACAGAUGACUGUCAAGAAGCAGCUGUACAAGUUCUUUGUCAUCAUAGCAGUGAUUGCUGUAGGGUGGAAAGAUGGAUCUUACUGAAAUUUCAGCUGUGGGAAAGGGACUGGAUACUCUGUUACUAACUAUUGGACUGUUUGGGUGAGUGUGAAGAGCAGGUGGUGGCUUGUGCAAGGCAACUGGUAUAAAGUUAGCUUGCCUGACUGUCCUGGCAGUAUCCAGAUAAAUGACCUCAGAAAGGACUCCCACCCCUGGUUCACACAAAAUGUAAGGUUUAGCAACACAGCCAAGCUAGGAUGCACAGCCUAGCUAGCUAGGUAAAGCUGCCAGUCUGUUUUGCUGAUGUAGUAAGUGGCAUUGCAGCCCAGGUUUGUCAUGUGUUUUGUCCUAUAGAAGAGGCCUUUUGAGAAGAGUGAUGGUGAACUGCCCAGCUCCUUUGAACAACGUGUCCAUGUCAUGCUGCAUCGGAUUGGUGUCACCAAGGUGUUAUCCACUGAAGGUAAAAAGAAACAGGUGAGGAAAAUGCUGCUUUUGGUGGUGGGUCUUUUAGCAGUAAUAGUGGUUUUUGGAUUGCUUGGAACAGGCAGCCUCCUUUGGGAGAAGCUAAAAGUGUAAUGAGAGCUAGGGAAUGAAAUGUGUUCUGAGCAGAUUAUUUUCUUUGCCUGCUUUGAUUAGUUUAAUUUUAAAUAAAACACCGUAUUUAAUUGCAGCCCAUUUUUGCCUUAAACAGAAAAAUAACUAAGGCUGCAAUUCUGUACACACAUACCUGGGGGUAAGCCCUACUGAACACAGUGGAAUGUACUUGUAAACCUGCAUAGGAUGCAUAAUUAGCGUGAGUCUGUAAUGCCAACAAAAGUAGUCUCUAUGGAAAGAAAUGCACAUCCCAAAUGAUCUACUGUUUGUUGCUUAACGGGCUUGCUCAUGCACAUCAGAGUCUCUUCAGUAGUGGGAGUUACUGGAUAGAUGUUCCUCUCUUUUGGCAAAAAUCCAGAUUGUGUUGCCUUUUAAUCCAUUCCAUCUCCAAGAUACGGUUCAAUCCCUGGUAUCUGAUGGACACUUAAGUGAUUGUAGUGGGAUAUUCCAUUGCCCAUGAGAACAAUAGUAUUACAAAAUUGCAUGUAAAGUGACCAUUACUGGCACCCUCCCUCUCAUAUCCACUGGGGCCUAUCCCAACAGCAUCCUAAUUCUUACUUCAGUCAAACUGAGAUCCUCUCCAUUUCCUGCCAAGUUGUAGGAUUUCCUUUUCCUUGCCUUUCUCAUGUAGGCUACUCUAGAGACAGUGUUUUCCAGAAAGGAUUUUCCCCUGAGAGUUUUUCUUUGCAUUCUUUUGCAGAGCAAAGAUGGGGAGAUUAAGAAAGCUGGUUCUGAUGGUGAGUAGCAGCUGACUCUACUUCUCCCCUGCUCCUACUAUUCACUAUGUUACAUUACUUGAGCAGUCCAUACCUUGUCCUUCCUGUAGGACAAGAAAAGUGUUUCAAAUUUCUAGAUGCCUCAACCCUGGUAUCCAAAAUACUGUACUCUGCUCCCAAGAACCAGUACCCACUUAGUGCUCCUAUCACUACACCACAUCAAAAACCUGCUCUUGAAACUCCCCUAGCUUCAUAAAUGGGUUGCUGUGUGAAAAUCACAGGUGCAAAGCCCCCUUGGGCAUGUGGAAUUAAGGAGCACACAAAAGAGACCCCUGGAAAUCUAUCCAGUUUUAACAGCAGGCAUUUCAAUGCGUCCAUUUAGAAAGAGAAGCACAGAGAAAACUGCAAACACUUGCCUUCUGACUGUGCACUGAGCAUUGAUGACAUCUACUGGACUUGAAAGGGAAAUAAUACGUGAAAUAUUCCUGAGAACUCAUGCCCAUGGUGUCUUUCCACCCACUCAUUGCUUGUUGUUUUCUUUGUUAAAGGAAAACCAACAAUACCACUGCUUUGUUUGUUACAACUUCUUCAUUGAAGUGUUUUCUGUAAACCUUAGAAAAUCUGAGGAACGCUAGCUACAGCCAACAAUGCUAUUUUCACUGAUUCAGGAAGGUCAUGUUGGGAACCAAGAUGUUUCAAUUCCUUUUUUAAUAAAUGUUUUUAUUAAAAGAUUUUCCAUAAGUAACAAGAAUACAUUCAGUGUCUCUAUUUUCAUAUAGUAGAGUCUUUCACACAGAUCAAUUGCAGUUAAUUUGAGACAUUUUUGUUAUAAGCAAUGUGGGGUUGAGGGGGAAAGAGAAGUGGGGAGAUAGUAGAGAAGAAGGUGGUGGGAAGAGACAGUAAAGUUUCAUUCUUUACAGAGUAUAUGAGUGGUGCUUUUAUGUCUAUGGUGUGUGGAUAGGUGUCUUAUUUUUGCUAAUGGAGUGAGAGCAAGAGAUCAUGCUACCCAUAAUGAGAAAUGAUUUAUUUUAGCAUCAACUCGCUGUUUCAAAUUCUAUUUUAUAAUGUAAUGGUUCCGAUCUUCUCAAAUAUGAGCUAUGGGGUAUUUUUCUGCAAGCAAGAGCAAGGUAUUUUCAUGCUAAGUGCGUAACUAGAGCAAACCUGCCACAAUGAUGUGAAGAUUUGUGAGAUAUACAGCAUGACUCCCAAAUUUCAAGCUGGGCCAGCAGGAUAUACUGCUGGCAGAGGUGCCAACAGCCUGACUGCUGGGGUGGUGAACCUCUGGCCUGCAGGCCAAACUUGGUCCCAUUUACCCCACAAGGCUAUUUUCCCCAAACCACACCCACCUGCCCAUCUGCUGAUGGGCAGGAGUGGGUUUAAUCCUGCAUUGGCGGUGCACUGUUCCCAGCAGGAAACACGAUCAUGUAGCCAAGGCAGUAAGAUUUAAUUCCCACUCAACAGCUAAUGAACGGAGGGUAAAUCUGCUUAGUUCAAUCAUGCCAUCAUUCCUGUUUAAGCCCCCAAAAUUGGAGUUUAAAAGUGUGGGGUAUGUCUGAAAGGGAGUGCUUCUCUAAAUAUCCAAGAGAGCAGACAGCGAUGGAGGACGUGAAAGAAGCAUGCAUUGUACAAGCUCAUUUCUCCUCGCCCUCACCCUCCACUGCCUGCUCCUAUUUUUAAAGGCUUGCGUCUUCUCUCCCACCCACCCCUUUAAACAUCUGAGAGGGUGGUGGUGGGUAGGAGAAAGGAGCAGGUUUAAUGCAGGUUUCUUUCUCCUCCCUGUGGCACCCACUUGCUCAAAUGUUUAAAGGACUUUGCCAGUUGCCCCAAACUCUAAAUCUCCAAGAUUGGGAACUAAAGAUGGGCAAGGGAUUUUGACAUGUGACUAACCCCACUCGUAUAUGAAAUUUGGCCUGUGAUAAGGAAUCUGGCACAUGGAGCUAAAAAGGUUGCAACUCUUGUCAUACAGAGAACUAAUUCUCUUGAGAUAAUAUGCAACAUAUAAUGAGCUUGCAAUGGUGUUCGAUAUCUAGUUCUCAAUGAAGUGGUUAACCUGUGCAUGAGAUUUAUCACUUCACACUGGUGGAAUUUAUGCCAUUCAUAUGUUGCUUUUUCCAUUAUAAAAAUUUAGUAAUACAUACAUGAGGUUCCCAGGCUAUAUCUCACCCUGGCACUGGCACUGACCUGACCUAAACCUGCUUAGCUUCAUUACUGCCUUCAGACUAUCCUCCAUACAAAAAAAUCCCAUACAUGUAGAAAACAAGCAGAAGAGUUCUAGUUAGUUUUCUACAUGCAGGGAAGGAUUAUAUCAUGUAAGCCUCCAGCUGCAUUCAGCAGGAUCUAGGUUUUUACAAGUUUAGCUGCACUUUGGAUAAAUAACCCUUUGACCUUCAGCAGUAAUCCAUGCCCCCCAAACACAUUCUACACCUUGUUUUUGGCCUGCUUCUUGAAUGUGGUUGUUUGGUUUCUAGGGGAUAUUGUGGACAGUUCAGCGGAAUCUCCUCCUUGCCCCUUGAAAUCACGCACACACUCCAUGUCCACAGGUAGGUGUGCUUUGAGAUUGGUGAGUUUCUUUUCCAUGGUGCUUUAUAAUACUGUAGUUUUCACUCUUUAGCUAUAGCAGAUCAGUCUCUUCAACUGUUCACACACUUGCCAUGGCAAUCUGCAUAUAGAGCUCAGGGUCAAAGCUAGGCAUGGGACAAUGGGGGAUUUCCUCCCAAUGCAAACAACAGCUUCAGAAUAACAGUGUUUGUCAGGACCACAUAGGGGCAAGAAAGGGUUAAACUCCCCCAUCCCUGUUCCCAAUAAUGAUAAACCCUUUCAGUGGCUGCUAUCUGCAUUAAAAACAACAACCAUGCACAAUAAGUACAAAGACACAUUUAAUGUCAUGUCUAGUUUGGCCCUUAGUCUCAAAGAACACAGAUCAGAGGUCAUGGGACAAACUCUUGACCCAGCCCCACAGUGGGCUGGGGAAUAACAGAUCGUUAGUUUAUAGCCUUUCUGUAUUAGGCUCAAGUUACCUUUGUCCUAUGCAAACUAAGCAAAAGCACAGCUGCUUCAUGCAAUGAUUUCUCAGAGAUGAACUGAAACAGUUUCUACAGAAUGCAUUUAUGUACUGAUAGGGUAGGCCACAUCACAAUAUCUUUUUAAAAAAAAAAUAGUCUUCCGAAUGAAACUGCUUUACCUUCCUCCAGGUUUUGCAUGAAGAUAUGGCCCUUGGGGUAUCUUUGGGGGUUUAUGUCAGGAAUUCAUUUGCCCAUAGAGUUCCAGUGUGGUGUAGUGACAUUUAAUGUAUUAGGAUUAGGGAGAAUGUCGUCCAAAUUUCCACACGGUCAUCAAGCUUACUCAAUAUACCUCACCAUAACCGACCUCAAAGGCUUGUUGUGAGAAUAAAAUCAGAGGGUGAGCCAUGUAUGCUGCCCUGAGCAAUGUGAAGGAAGAACAGGAUGAAAAUGUAAAAAAGUAAUAAUGGUAGAAAGAGGGAAUAAAUAAAUGAUUUGGAGAUGCAGAAUCAUCCCAGAAGAACUGAUCAAGCAUGUAAGAGUGGGAGGGGGUGGGGGUGUGAAUGCCUGUCUACUUGAUAGCAUGUGGUGCUGUAUUGCAGAUCCCUCCGUGCGGCUAGGUCCUGCUGAUGCUGCUGGCAGAACAGGUACAGAACCCAGUGGAGGAUCCAGUGAGGGGAGACUAUCCUGGAAAGCCCUUGGGAAGCAACUCAAUGUAGAGCUCAAGGGCAAGUGUUCAGAACUCAGCUCUUCGCCAAGAAGAGCUUUUGCCGUACAAGAGCCAGCCAGCCCAAGAGAGCAGAAAGCAAAAGAGAGCUGGAGCAGCAGUUUGCCCAGGAUUGGGAGAAGCACAGCAGGCCCUCUUCCUAUGCGGAGGACUAGCAAUGCUGGAGAAGGACGAGCAUUUGCCGAGCUACAGAAUUCAUAUGCUGAUGUAAACGUGAUUGCUGGAGGUAUGUUCAGUAGAUUCCGGUACUAGUGCACCAAAAUCUUGCUGCUUGCUUCUCUGCCAACAUCCCAGAGGCCAGAGCACAGUGAAGCAAGUUUUCUCUAUGUUUCAAUUUGCUAUAAUGUUCAUUUGGAACAAGGGAGAAGGAAAGUGUGAUCUGGCUGUCUCAGCAAACUUGUAUUUCUUGGAACAUUGCAUGGGAUGUAGCUAAUUAAUCCAAAGCUUGUAGCUUGCCAGUGAUAGGCUGGCCAAAUCUGGAGGAGAUAUGGCUUAACGGCAAAACCUACUUUCUGUGUGGCUGCUCCCAGAAUACGCCUGAAAUUUGUCAAGCCCUGAUUGAAUAGCAUAUAACCCCUACCCUCUAUCUUUCAGACAAUCAACUCAAACCCAAAUCUCGUCUGAAGCCUGUGGCAAACCGGAGGGCCAUGUCUGUUCACGAAGAACAGCUCAGGGACCAGGCCUGUGCAGCAGAGCUGCACCGUAAGUAAACAUGCAGAGCACAGCAUUCUUUCAGAGCGCAAAUCAUGAUCUAAAGAAUGAAUUUACUGUCUAGGUGGCUCUUGCAAGAAGCAAAAACACUGCUUCCAUGCACCCUGGGGUGCUUUUCAGAUAAUCCCCUUCUCCCAGUCUCAUUUCAUUUUGGAUUUGUUAACAAGAAACAACUGUCAACGUUUUAGACUUAUAUUGCUUUUUAUUCCACUAAGCACUGAUUCAGUGAGAUUGGCCUUCAUCCCUGCCACCUAUUUAGAAGUAAAAGUAAGUCAGGUGAAUUAAUAUACAAGGUACCAGUGUUAGGUUUUGUGGUGGUUUGGCAACUGUGUAGAACAGUGUCUUCAACACUUCAAAGUGUGGGGAACUGGUUAGAUAGUAGUCUCAAAAUGCUGUCAGCAGAAGGCAAGGGUUAGUUUUUUCUAAAAUAGGCACUGGGCCUCAGGUAUGUAUCAAAUUACCAGGGACCUGGAGUGUUCCUUAAGUGAGACAGGCUGUUGCUGGUCAGCAGAUGGGGAGAAUGUAAGUUGUACACACACACACACACACACAGAGAGAGAGAGAGAGAGAGAGAGAGAGAAAUCAUAUAUGAUGUUGCUUCAUAAAAUGUUUGUGAAGAGGGUAUGGACCAAGAUGGGAGACUAUGAUGUUAAAUGUGCAUGGCUGAAAGAGAAAGAGUCGAGCUAUGGAGCUAAGAGUAACAUUACCUUUUAAGAUAAUUCCCCCCGCCCCCCAAAAAAAUCUGGACCACCAGCCUUGCUUAAAUUUGCCAUCCUUCUUAUUGGUUAUCACCAGCUUGUGUCUCAUCAUAUAUUACAAGUUCAAUGAAAUAGAGAGGGGUUAAAAAUAUGGAUAGGGGAGAAGAAAGUGUAAGGCAUGUAGGCAACAGAUAAACUGACGGGUGUGUGAGUAAUCUGCAACAGUCUGAAUGUUGAUUAAAAGGGUCAACAAUAAGAUAGUGCAGACAUAAAGUCCCAAAUGGCCCUAUAUUAAAAAGGGAGAAAAUAAAUAAGGCAAUCAGAAAGGUCAGUGAAACAUUCAUUAGUAUAAAAGACCAUUGGACAAGAGGUUAUGCAUGUCAGAACUGUGAUACAAAGAAACCACCAAGCCUCUGUGUGAGAUCUGAAUAUAAGCAGGUAUUGGAAGAAAUAACAGGCAAGUCACUGCUUACAUGUCCAUUGGAAUUGCCACUAGCCACAUAUCCUGAAAAUGCCAAACUGGGGGUUCAUGGAUUCUCUUGAAUAAAGAUUGUGACAGAAGUGUAUUACUACAACAUAAACUGACAAGCAAUAAGAAUGCCAAUAAAAAUCUACGGUGGUACCUCUGGUUACAAAUGCUUUUGGUUACAAACACUUCGGGUUAUGAACUCCACUAACCCAGAAGUAGCUGCUCCUGGUUGCGAACUUUGUCUCAGGAUGCGAAUGGAAAUUGUGCACCGUAGGAUAAGAACGGUUUCACCUCAAGAACAGACCUAUGGAACGCCUUAAGUUCGUAACCAGAGGUACCACUGUACUUGGAGCCAAGGAAUUGAACUCCGAAGGCCAUUGUCCAUUAGCUGUGCUCAUCUGCCAGUUUGUAACUACUGCUAUGUACAUAUGACUUUAGCCCAUCUGCCAUGAGGCUAGAAGUGGGAUAUCACUGCCAAGAACUCUAGAACAGAACAGCAUCUGCUGGAGCACUGUGUACAGUGAUCCUUAAAUAUUACACACAGAAUGUACUUAGUGACAUUUUACAGAACUGCCAGCCUCAUUAUCUAUCUCAACUGCAGCAGGCCUCUUUCUCAAUCUGGUUAACAUGUUCACCUGACUUUUAUUCCCUACAGAUGCAAAGCUUCCUCUUUGUCUGCAGCGCUCCCCAAUUGUGAAAUGGAAGAUUAAGCCCAAGUCCUUGUUGGAGCCCGGGACAUCAACACCAUCUGACUCACCAAGUAAGGACAGCCCCCCCCCCCCAAAAAAAAGUAUACAGUGUUAUCCUCCCAUAGACAGAUUUAAUACUUUUCUAUAAAAACUUCCCAAGUUGGUUCCAAACUUUAUUACUCAACUUCUGUUGAUUGCGGCACAAGUGGUGUAAUUACCUAGCACUUACCACAGAGGAGCCAAUAAUCCAACCCCACCCCAUGAACACCUGUUUUUUGGACAGCAGUAUCUAAGAGAUGGUUGAUGCUACAUUAAGUAUAAAAUGUUCUGCAUUCACAUUUUCCAAAUCUGACUUAUUUUUCAGUGUUGUGUUCUAAUGGGUACUAAUCACAAUACUUUCCAUAGUAGAGGCAGUUCCUGAGGAACAUCAGAGAGUAUUACUGCUUUCAUGUUCCAUUUGUGGGCUUCCCAUAAGCAUCAGUUUGGCCACUGUGGGAAAAGAACACUAAACUAGAUGAGCCUUUAAUCUGAUCCAGCUGGACUCUUAGGUUUAUUGGUUGGUUGGUUGGUUGGUUGGUUGGUUGGUUGGUUGAAUUAAUUUAUAUCCCUUCCUUCCUUCCAAAGGAGCCCAGGUUCUCCUUGCAGGCAGUAAAGAAGGCCACUGGUAUUAUGCUGAUAGGAUGGUUGUGGAUUUUCUUGCAGGCACUCCACGCCAAGGAAGGAACAAGGAACCCACAGAGGCAAAGCCAAAAGCAGAAAUUGAAGAAGAGUUGCAACAAGCUCUGGAACAAACUCUAGAGAACGCACAAAAUACAGCCCUAGACCAAAGAACUGCUGUGCCACUCUCCAAGUCACCAACACAAGAGCACUGAGUUAGUGGCUGGUGAUUCUGCAUGAUGGCAGCUCACACAAAUGAGCACAGAAGACAGGCUUAUAACUUGAAGCAGCAGAACAGCCAUCUGAGGAGGUGCAAGCAAUUCAGCACAGGGCCAAGCAAGCCCCAUCAUGGCUCCUUGGUCGGUAGAGCUGGUGUUUCCAGUGAGAUAAAGUGACGUCAAAACUCUUGCACGUUUGGGUUGUCCCCUUUUCACCUUUCACCCUUGUAUACUCUCAUGUAAGUGCCCAGUGUUCUAAUGGUUCACAUAGGAAAAGCCAAAUGCUGAGUAUGCAGGAAACCAGCUAUUUCCAGCAACAGUUAUAUAGCUGGCAGCUGGUGCAGAUGCAAAAAUGUGUAGUGCCAGAAACUGAGAACCACCAGCAGGAGGGUUGGGUGGGGGGCUAUUUUAUAUACACUAAACUUGCCUGCCUUGCAUUGUACUUUUCAGGAGUGUGAAAUUUGGACAGCUUGGAUUUUGCAGAAAAGGUUAAAAGCGCCACAAAGCCAGGUUGGUCUGUCUCACAUUGACAAUCUUGCUCCAUCCUUUAGCCUGCAUCAUUUCUGUUCCUAGGAUUCCACUUCUGCCAUAUCUUUCUAUAGCCUUCGUAUUGCCUAGGGGAAAAAACUCUAUUCUAGGCAAAUAACCAUUGGCAUCAGUUAGGUGUUUGGCAUGAAUGAGGCAUAAGGGGAGGGUGUGAUUUGGCAGCUUUCAGCAAGUUAUAACUAAUAAAGAAGUUUCAGCUCCUCUGUUCCACAAUUAAAUGAUGAUGAUAACUCAAAUCAGCAGAAUUUGUUCUUGUCUCAUUUAUUGUGGUAUUAGGACUGUUGCCUUUAUUUCCCUCCAAUUUACAGACUCCAUCUGUGUCUUGCUGGUACAAGAAAGGUGGGAGAAAGAGAAGAUGCUUAAGUACCAUGAAAAGGAUAAGCGAGAGGUGUCUUGCAAAAACUCAGUGUUUCUGUUUAGAGCUACUGCAAGAUGACUAAUCACCGCCUCUGAGAAAAAUAGGCAGGUUCCCCCCGCCCCAAUGCCAUCUUAAAGGAAACAACUUACCAUAACCAAUAUGCUUUAAAGCACAGAUGGAGAAGUUGUAGGUACUAAAGCUCCAACCAUCCUUAAUUAUUGGCCAGGCUGGCUGGAGCUGAUGGGAGGUUUGAGUUCAGCAACACUGGAGAGGCACUCCUCAUUCCCUGCUUUAAGGACCCUGCAGCUGCUCAUGGAGGUCACUACAAGUGUUAAAUUUUCACACAGAAAGCACUUUUUUUGUACAAGAGCUGGUGAAGACAGUUUUUGCAGUGCUGAGAAACUCACUAAACGCAACACUGAAAGAUUCAGUCAUUCUCCACAAUCAUUUAUGAGUUUAACUACAUCCAAGUGCUUUGGGUGUAGAAAAUCUGUAAUAAUAAGAUUCUCACCGAGCCUCAGUCAUUCAGAGAACUCAUGCCCCCCCCCCCAGCCCCAAAUAAUAUUGAAAGAGAUAUACACAGCUACAGCCAUGGAAUCCUGCUUCUGUAGUUUGAGAACAAUCUGGUUUAACAAUUAAACUGCAAGACUCCUAGACUUUGACACACACUAAAAUGCAGGGGGGAAUCUAGCUCUAUAUAUUGUUCUUCAGUAUUUAUCAUCAAUUACCAAGCAAAUAUUGCAUGUAUACUUAAGAUAUAUUCUAGCACAAAUAGCUGGUUUUCUUUACAUUUAAGGUAAAGAUUUGUUUUAUUUAAACUUUCAAACAGUAUUUGAGUUAUUGUGCUCAGUUUUGGAAAAAAGGCACGCACAUAUUUUCUAUGAGAGCUGUUUUUUCU